GGGCUUUCCAGAUGAGACAGCCAGCUAACAAACAGCUAGCAGCUCUUAGCCAGCGCUUCAUUCCCAGGAUAGUUUUUGGGCAGCAACCAAAGUGUUUUUAACUUUCUCGAGGACUAUAUUUUUCAUGGGCACAAAGUUACGACGACAUCGUGAUGUAAAAAUGUAACGCUACAACGUUAAUGCAAGAUAAGGGCUUAUUUUCUAUAUUUAAUAUCAGUUAAACAACAGUCUGAAGCUAACGUUAGCAGGAAGCCAAGUGUAGUUCACUGUCUGUUACCUCAUGUGUGGUGAAAUCGAAAACAUUGUCUUUGGAAGUGUCACAACAAUAGAAAUACAAAAUAAUAAGUGGUGUGCAUGACAAAGUAACACACGAGUGUACUUCAUGUUUACUUUAAGACACUCAUCUAUCCAUAACUCCUACAGGUGGGUAGUCACGUGCACAGUCCCAAACCUUUAAAUCAAGCAGCUCAGACACUAAAAGUGCCAUAAUGCUCUGACAGAGCCCACAGUUAGUCCAAAUCAAAGACAUUUCCUGACUGAAUAGUGAGUUUUGAAGCUGUUCGCCAUGGCAAGUGCCUUAGCAGCAAAAAUGGGAUUGAAUUCACUGAUGAGGAGACAAGCCAAGACCUUCAACGUCAGGAUCUGCACGAUGGAGUCAGACAUGGAGUUCAGCUGCGAGGUGGGUAUCCAUCCAUUUGUCCUUUCAUCCAUUCAUCAAUCCAUUCAUUCAAUCAUUUAUUUGUAUAUCACAUGAAAUCAUUGUAGAAGGAAGGGGGGAAGAAAUAAGAAAGAAACCAUGGUUAAAACUGGAAAAAAAAUAUUAUAGUAAGAUAGAAAAGAUGAAAAGAAACCAGCAAAAUAGUCAAAAAUAAUAACAGAAAAUUAAUAAAAAUGAGAACAAUCGAAAUAAUAAACAACAAUGACUAACAGGAAAAAUCUGAAUAUUAAAAAAAGGAAAAAGCAAUCAAAUCAGAAAAGAAAAAUUCCCAUCAACUAUUGCAUGAGACAGAAAGGAUUUCAGUACUGAGUAAAACUUGGAUUUCUCUUAUUCUGUAAGUGUGGAUAGCCAAUUUUUUCUCAAGCAUUUUUUUUCCUCAUCUCAGUGUGAAUCGUGGGAACAUGUGGGAUGAGCCGUGACUGGGUGUGAGAACUGAACCAUUCCGCUUUAAAGGUUUUUCAGAUUUACUGUAGCUCUGAACCCACCACACAUGCAAUUAUGUUCUCAUUGUUACCAGUUGCAUCCAGAGUAAAGUCAUUCCAUCACAACAAAAAGAGGAAAAAUCCUGGAGGACUCAAUUCAACAGCUGCAAACACACUAAAAUACACAAGUUUAGAAAAGUUUUUAGCUAGAUCACGGACUCUCCCUUUAUUUUACUGAAUGAUUUUGCAGAGUCUUCUAUCAGUGCUGGACUAAGUAAAUGGUCUAUGCACACAGGUCAUGGCUGGCUGUGUACAGAGGCUUGCUAUUUAGAGCCAAAAAUCAGAAUUUGAAUGUUUUAAAAGAGAAAAAAACUACAGCAAAAGUGCCAAGAUAAGUAUUUUGAAACAGGUUUUAAAACUUCAUUUAAUGAAAUUUGCAAAAAAAAUUUGGCUUGAAAUAUCUUGGAAUAAGUUUCAUAUUAAUGUCAAUAAAAUUAGAUAUAUUUGAACAAGAAAUGAGCCAAUAGUAUUUUAUUUUAUGCCUUAUUAAUUUAUGAUAACAAUUAUGUAUUAAAGUCUAUAGUUGUGAUAGUUUCUUUUAAGUCCUGAGAGUGUGAUUUCUCAACACUAGGUGGCAGCAGGUAACUAUGAACAAACGCAUUGGUUCAGCCGCUCCACUCCACAGGCUUAUUUCAUUCGAAAUCACCUUCUGCAGCAGUGGAGUCAUGAGCAGGUUUCAUUCAGAUCUCACAGUACUGCAGGACUUUUGAUUUUCAUAUGGAUUAAAAUAAACUUAUUUACCGGUAUGUCGGUUUUAUCACAUGCAGGAUUUCUUCUCUCUCUCUGUUUCUGCUUCAAUAUUUGACUCAGUAGAUGCAACACCACAACUGAAAUGCAUUACAGUUGCUUGGAGACAUCACACGUGUAUUUAAAGGGGAGGAGCCCACUAAAGUUUGCUGUGGUAAUUACACGGAGCAGUGUAAUGUUAGCUGGAGGUUUCUAAUUUCUGAGUUUGGGUGGUAAUUGUUAUCAAUUAUUGGUUUGUAAACAGCAUUUAAGGUUACUCGGUGGUGCAGACUAAGUGUUGGUUGUCGUGGAGGGACCCUCUGUUCUUAAAGGUUUAAAACACGCUAACCUUGAAUGCACUUGGCAGGGGAUUGCGCCUCGAGCUUCCUCAGAGGCUGGUGAUGAUAGGUGUCUAAAUUGGAUCCAUGUGCCUGAUACGCCUCAGCUGGAAGAGGAGCACAUGUUUUGCUCUGUGCUUUGUAAAAGAGACUGAAAUACUAGUAUGACAAAACAGCAGACUGGGAUACUAAUAAAUGGGUAGAAGCUGUCUAAAAGGAGAGCAGUGCUUCUGCUUUUAUGCUGAUUUCUACACAUGAAAUACAGACAGCGGAUGAUGUGAAUUUUGCCAUUAAUAUGAAGCUCUUAUAGAGCAAAUUUUCAGACUUCAAACACGGUGACUUUUCCGUUGUGCUGCGGCUGCAGGGCCACUCAUCUCUUAGUAUUGAUUCAGUAGAUCAAAGUAACCCUAUAUUUUCUCGUCCUCUUCUCUGGGCAAUUUCUAUACAAUGAACACUUGUGUGUUCCAGAUCAAGUGGAAAGGAAAAGACCUUUUUGACUUGGUGUGCCGAACUCUGGGAUUGAGGGAGACCUGGUUUUUUGGGCUACGCUACAACAUCAAGGACACGUUUGCUUGGCUGAAGAUGGAAAAGCGGGUAAGUGGUUCUUGUGUUAUUCCGGUCUUGCUCCAGCCAUGCGGUGAGGCAUGUAAACUAUAUUGAUUAAACUGUAGUAAGCAUGGAAAAAGCUGUACAAAUGUUGAUUUCUCUGCUUUGUCUAUUGAUCCCAGGUUCUGGAUCAGGAGGUACCAAAGGAGGAACCAAUUACGCUUCAUUUCCUGGCCAAGUUUUACCCUGAAAAUGCAGAAGAAGAGCUUGUUCAAGACAUCACGCAGCAUCUCUUCUUCCUGCAGGUAAAAUCAACCUCCUGGUUUGUCACAAGCUCUGUCCUGAAGUUUUGAGGAAGCCCAGAAUGAAUCAGCGCAUAAAAGGUAGUGGUGAGUAAAAAUGCAGGUGGUUCUUUAGGCUUUGGUCUGAAGAUUACUACCUCGGGGGAUACUUUUUCUGUUUUACUCGUGCCUUUGAUGCAGUGGAGACCUUUUAAGAAGCACACUCAUACCAGCAGAUAGAUUCUCUUUGUUGCUGCUGCUGCAUGUUGAAACUGCUGAGGGAUGACAGAUGAACCUGAAAUUCAGCACUUCUUUUAGGAGAAGCUCUGAACAGCUGUUUUGCUUGUGGACGGAUCUUAAAAUUUGUCUCCUCAGUGUGACGCUGCAUAAAACAAAUCCAGGUAUGCAUGCAACUGCAAUUGCAUCUGCAACAUGCACAUGCACAAAGACCAUGAGGUGUUACUUGUCUGACCUGAAAUGCAUCAUGCUGUCCAGUUUCUGGUUUUCUAUGAUGACUCUGUGAUAAACAUCCAUCUGGUAUCACUUUGGAGCAGCCUCUCACUGAAGCACUGUCGCACCCUGAUCCGUCCCGUAAACCGGAUUUUUACUGCGCAUGUCCGAAAUGUAAGUCACUUCCUCUACUAGCCAUCUUUUAGACAGCUCAGCAAUUCUUCACCCCUCGCAGUUUGCGACAGCUUAAACACUUGUUCAUCAGCUUCAGCAUCAGGGAGCUCGCUUCAGUCAGAAUGGAUGCUUCAGUUUAUCACCAGCUACUCGCUUUUCUCCUGAACGGCGUGCUUCCCUCGACUGAAGCAGAGCGCUGGAAAGUCAAGAGAAUGGCGGCCGUUUUCACAAUUAAAGGUUCCUACUACAGCUUAAUUGUAAAAUUGCAACGUGGUCAUAAAAGACUUGAAUGAAUGUGGAUAUUAUUGUUGAACCUGAAACGCUGUGUAAAAAUGCUGAAAUUCAUUGUCCAUAAUGUGUAGGCUUCUUGUUAUUAAUUAAAUUUAUUAAAAAAAUGAAAUAAACCCUCCCGUGAUACUUUGAAAAGUCAGAGAACCAUGAUUUUGACCAAGUUGUGGCGCACUCUUGGGCCUGGAAAGGUUGCACAAUGGGUGGCCACACACCUCCAGAGCAUCCUCCCUUGAUACUUCGAAAAGUCAGAGAACCAUAACUUCAACUGGGUUGCAGCGCUCUCUGUGGCCCAUAAGGUCUCACCGAGCUGGGCUGGAGCUCUGACAAAUGCCUCGGCAUUAGCCCUGGAGCCUCCUGCUAGCCAGCCUGUCACAUCGCCAGCUGGUUUCUGAAAUUGAUCGGUAGUUUAAAUAAAGUUUAAAAGGUGACGUAAAUUUUCACUUGCGCAGUACGGAUCGGGUAGGUAGCAAUAGUAACGACUAACUGCCGUAAAAUGCUGUGAAAUAUGAGGACAAGAAGUGACAUACGUUUGGCACAUGCACAGUACAAAUCAGGUUUCGGGGACAGAUCGGGUAGCAACAAGCACUGAAGGAAGAACUAACUAGAAUGCAUGCAGACUCUGUAUCUGUGGGUCACGUGACUGCAAAAUGUAAACAUGCACCUGACACUGCUGCCUUUACAGACAGCCCAGCAAGCACUUAAAGGUAACGCAAGAUAGUGAAAGAAACUGACUCUGCAACAUGCUUUCUGUAAUAUUUACUGUGUUGUGGAAAUUAAGGCCCAAAAGUGAGAUGGGUUUUCAUGUAUAUGUCACCUAUUUCAUACACUGAGGCUUUGGACUGAGGGGACUGCUAAUUGACGUUGUAACAUUGUGUGGAGUAGGGGCAACAAAAGCGGCAACAUAAAUGCUGUUAAAUACAGCGUGCAUUUAGAAAUACCAAAUUGCUCUUGUGCAUGCUGCACAUUUGGCAGGUCCACAGUUUGGCAGCACUCUGACAAGUCUGAUCCAGUGCCAACAGGGGGCACACGACCACAGACAGACCUGCUGACAAGUUGUGGAGCAGAGCGCUCUUUAAUACACUUUUGUGCCGGUCUCAUUGUGUGCAGCCAUGUGGAAUCAAUGCACAACAUAUUACAGCUGCCCUUUCUCUCCACUUAAUACUCUCCGGGGAAUUCCUGCCAAGCCUGCCGCACCGCUCAAGAGAUGAGAUUUGUUACCGUGUGUUCCCGACGUCCAAUUCUACCAGCCACAUAUAUCAAUUACCAAUUAGGCUUUAAGGGCUCGCUUAUUGGCCCAGUUAAUGACACAUUCUCUGUGGGAUUCUCCUCUCCUGUCAUAUCCAUCCCAUUGUGGCCGGUUUAGGCAGACACAGAGCUGGUGUUACUCAGCAUUUGGAUGGAGACACUUAUCUACUUAGCACUUGUAAAAAAGUCUCUCAGUAAUCCGUUUAGAAGUAGUUGGAGCACUUCUUUUAUUUCAGGGGGAUGCCUCGCUAAAAAUGGAGACCGAAGCCAACAGACGUCUCGGCUGAAGUGGUACACAGCUACAAAAGGAAGAGAAUACUAAUGUGUCGCCUGUCUCCUUAUUACCCCACUCUCAUUAAUUUGCAUAAUGUCGGGAGCUGCCCUCUGUUCAGAUAGUGUCACUGGCAUGACAGCUGGAUUAGUGCUUAUCAGAAAUGAUCACCGACCCGGAUACAAACACACACCAACACUCGCACACACUUACACAAACAGACUUUUCCCUGUCUUCCUCACCUCAGCCUGAAAUCUUGGCAGCAACACGGUCUCAUUUGUGAACCAGAUUGCAGCUUCAGCCUUGUGUGUGCUCCUCAAUUAGGGGGCUGUCACCUUUGAGCCCCGCACCUUUGUUAGUUCAAAACAAGAGGAGACGGCACGGCACGGCCGGCUUUGCAGAUGAUAAGGUUUGACGCAUUGAAUUGUCCACUUCCACAGCUCGGGCGAAAGCCUGUUUUCACACUUUAACUCAACAGCCCGUCUUUUUCGCUCUGCAUGUAGCUCUUCUGCGUGUUUGUGAUUCAAUUAGUUUGACAGGUGAGGGAGCAGUGCUUGUGACACCUGCUGAGACGUAGCACUUUAAUCUGGAGGGAGCUUGUUAGAGGGGAUUGCCACUUCCUUUUUAAGGAUUCAUGUUAUUGCUGUGAUUUAUGACAGUUCAGUCAACACAGCCUGUUUUCCUGUUAGCUGAAAACCGAAGGCCUAAACCUGGAAUUUGUCACUCUCACUGACUGGAGCAGAUUUCCGCACAUAGUCAGCUGUCCUUCGGGUCCAGAAGAACACGAACGACGAAAAAAUGGUUGUCUUUUCCCUUUAAUUAUGAUCUGGGACUCACACUUUUCUGUCAUGUGUUUAUGCUCUGCUGGCUAGUGGGCUCGUAGCUGCUUAAUGAUCAUAUGAACUAAUGUUGGCUCGGGUACAUGCUGUAGCUGCUGGCUGGGUUUCUAAUAGGUCCCAAUGUGGCUAUGAGACUUAAGUCCUACAGUAUCUAUUCUGCAAAGUUUGCCCUGUUCCCCAGACCUCUCUGAGACGUGAAGUAACAGUGCACUACAGCAGAAGUCACUACAAGUUUAUGUAUCAUACAUUAACUAGAAAUACUGGAAAGUAGAACCUGCACACAGUGCUUUGACAAAUACAGGCUGUCAAAAGUUCAGGCUGUCAGAAGCAUACUUCUCAGAAAGUUGUGUUAUACUGCACCGUCACUCCUUUCUCUGAGGUACCGGGGGUUUUCUUUCUGUUUGAGUCGAGUAAGAUGAGCCGUCAGUCUGAUUCAAGUCCCUCAUCCUGCUGGAUUCGUUUUGAUCUUCCGAUGGAAAUCAGAAAAAAAGGAGAUGCAAUUUUCAGACUGACUUUAGGUGACUUAUUACCUUAAAAUAGAGCAUUUCUGAAACUGUCGGCAGUGAGUGUGUCCAAAUUUUUGAUAUUUUGAUGCCAUUUCUUACCACAUUUUUGUUUAAUAGUAGAGAAAGCGCCAAUGCUCAUAAGGGAAAAAAAAACAUUUUUCCAACCAGAAACUGCCACAAGUGGAUGACAGGGAGAGCAAGUAAGCAGCAGUGGCUGAUAGAUGGGAAAAUAUGUUUAAGAGAAAGAAAAACAAAGCUUUGAUACUGAGUAAUAAGGGUGGGAACCACCAGUGGCCCCAUGAUACGAUUUUAUCAGCUACUUGGGCCGCGAUGGGAUAUUAUUGCAAUUUUUUUCAUUUUGCAAUGCAGUGAGUAUUGUGAAACAAUAUAUUGCGAUUUAUACAAUUUAGCUAAUGUAGCAUUUGUUUAGCUGAUUUAGCAUUUGUCUUUCCUUUACAUUUGUCCUACUUCCGCUGUAUUUUAUUUUCAUGUAGCACAUCUAGCAAACCUGACUUCUUAAUAGGACUAGUUGUUAAAUAUCCCUACUAUUCAGCACAUCAAUUGACCGUCAUUGGAGAUGUCCUCUACUCUUGAGUGGGGUGGGAAUUGGCAAUGAUCACGUGGUGCCACCAGCACGCCACAUCAUCAGUUGUUCGCCCCAACUUCAUUGGGUGUUUUGGCCACUUACAACAAGACACCCUCUGUCAGGGUUGGCCCACCACAGGAUGAUCAGCCCUGGGUGUGUGGUGCACGGUGGCACCAUGCAGUCACUUGGCUGCCCAUACUGCAUCUUUACGUUUCAGCCAUAGCCAGUGACUGCUCCGUUCUGCUGUUGUGGCAAGUUCUUUAAUUGCCUUCCGUUGGGCCUGCCCUCUGAUUCCUAAUUCCUUCAGGAGCCUUGUGGCAGACCUGGCUACAAAGCCUCUGCAGCCGACCUCCACUGGCCACGCCUUCACAUUCCAGCCCCGCCCCUCUGCUUCAGCUGCUAAGUUGGCAUAUCGCAGUCUCUUUCGCUCGAAUGCUUCAUCGAUGGCAUCUUCCCAUGGGACGGUCAGCUCAACGAUGAAGACACGCCGGCAGGAUUUGGACCAGAGGACCAGGUCUGGGCGCAGGUUGGUUGCUGCAAUUUCGGGUGGGAAGGUGAGCUUCUGGAUGAGGUCCACCCGCAUUUCCCAAUCCCGGGCUGCGUUCAGUGGAGCUGGAUCCGGAGGAGAUGACUUUGUCCCUCUUUUCUCUCCUUCCCGAACAAAGUUUGCUCUCCGUGGGCCUGUAGUCUGGGCGUUUAGAGGCAUGGCAUUGGUGGUUACCCUCCUGUUCUCAAUUUCGGCAGCCAAGCACUUCAACACCUGGUUGUGGCGCCAGGUGUAUCUUCCCUGGGUUAGGCUGGUCUUGCAGCACACCAAGAUGUGUUUGAGGGUAGCCGGGGCUGCACACUGGAGACAGGUUGGGUCCUCUCCAUACCAGACAUGCAGGUUGGUUGGAGAGGGCAGGACAUCAUAGGUGACUCUAAUGAUGAAGCUUAGCCUGUUGGACUCCAUGCUCCACAUAUCGCUCCACAUGAUUUUCUUCCUCUUGACGCCUUCCCACUUCAUCCAGUGGCCUUGCUGAGCUUGGGAGACUGCUGUGGCACACCUGGCUGCUUCCUCCUGGUGGCGCACUUCUUCUACCACCAUGCGGUGCCGUUCAGCUGGAGUCGCCUUUUGCCAUGUCGGUGUUGUUGCUUCCAACCCAAGGCCGCCUCUGCCGUGUUGGACAUGUCCCACUAUAUCCCGGUGUCUGAGAGCAGUCUUUGUCACCGCGACUGCUGCAGAUGGCUUCCAUUUCCUCCCCGUUGCUAAGGUUGGAGCAGUUCCUCUGACGAAUGGAUCCCGGGAUUCGGUGAGAGUCAUCUCCAGCCUUGAUUUAGCACAUUUGUACUCCUCCACCAGACUUGAGAUUGGUAGGGAUAGUGCUCCGUUGCCAUAUAAGCCUAUGCUGCUAAGGCAUCUCGGCAGUCCAAGCCACUUCCUCACUUGUGCGUUCACCAGUCUCUCCAGCCACUUGGCAUGGGAUAUAGUGACCUCAUAGAUGGAAAUUGGCCACAUGAGACGGGGCAGCAGCAUAUAUAUUUGUUGUACUAACUUUUUUUUAAUGAUUUUACUUCAUAUUAGAAAUUAAUUUGAAAAAUCAAUAUUUGAUAAAUGAGACAAUAUGAUAUAUCACCUGACAGAAUAUCACAAUACGAUGCUGUAUCGAUUUUUUCUCCCAUCCCUACUGAGCAAUGGGACAGUAUUUACUGAGUGUUUCCCUACAGCUGUGCUCUAAGGAACUUAUAGGCAUGUUUGCACUUAUGCACAAAUAUGCAAGAAGAUACCACACUCAGUUUUCUUCCAGCCUCUCCCUGACUAAUAUGUGUCUCUCUGCUCCGCCCUUUGUGACAGCUGCAACAUCACCGGCCUAUGUCAUCCACAGGUCGGGAAACACUCAGUUUUUUUAUCUGUUUUUCAAACAAUCAAAUGGCACAUUGGGGCACCAAUCUUGUGCGGUAUAGGGUGUAGAGUGUAAGUACAAAGGCACAGCACUGGCAGAGUUUCUUUCUGGUGCUGCUGUGGAGUUUCAAAGAGUGCUCUUGCCGCAGAUCCUCAAAAUCACACCUUCUCUGCAUGAAUAAUGACGGGUCACAGGUAAAACUUCAUUGGGCCACGGAUAUCUGAAGAAAAAUGUGAUCUUUGGUGCCUUUAUUAAUGUUAACGGUGUGGCAUAUCUUGGUAUGAGUCUGGCCCUGUGUGAGGGCUGGAAAUGAAAAAACGAAAGAGAAACAGCUGAAGUCUGCAGCGGUGUAAAACAGCCAAAUGAUUCAGAACAUACGUUUGCUGGACGCUGAUUCUGCAUUGUUUUUUGUGCGUUAGUUUAAAGAGGUGCAAUCAAGCCGGCUCUGUUAAUCAGCUGGAAACAUGCAAAGCCGAAACAGCAGCUAUUACCUUAGAGAUGACUAUGUCUGGUAUCUCCUCAGGUAAAGAAGAAGAUCCUGGAGGAGGAGAUUCACUGUCCGCCUGAGGCCUCUGUGCUGCUUGCCUCCUACGCCGUCCAUGCUAAGGUAAGUGCACCUUUAGGAGCUCAUCGUUUUUAUUAUAAGGCUAAAGAGGCUCAUGCAUCCAAAUAUUCAUCUGAAAGUCCUUUUUUUCCUGUCCUAACUGUUUGCAUAACCAAAGAAGGACCACGUUUGCAUCAGUUCUUUAAAUACAUGUUCAAGGACUUUCGCAUUUAUUACCACAGUAGUUUAAAAAAAGAGCAGUGCAGGCCUCUCAAAUUAAGGCGAUUUCAGUCAGGCUUUGAAGCCCAUCUUAGCAGAGACAACAGGGAAACAGACCUAGUUCAAUCUCCAGCUCAUUUUGUCGGAGAAUUUUAAACUGCUUUUCUGUUUCAUUGAGGAGUGCAGGGUCUUGCAUGAACUACCGCUUAUGUAAGUACCAGGAGCCCAAGUGCUUUGCAAGGAGCCUUUCAAGUAACAGCUCUGAAAUUCAGAUAAAGCAACUCUGCUAAAGCAGCGUCUCUGCAUCCCAGCAGGUCGCAGGUGGCAGAAAAUGUCAAAUAUAUACGGUGCUGGAAUCUCUUUAAUCAGCUGGGUGAUGGAGAGUGUUCAGUUGGGCCCCCUCAGGAUUACAACUGUGCUUUUUACCAAUAAUGAAAUGAUCGUUUCUCUGCUAACCACAAUGCACACAGGAACUUCUAAAGCUGUGUUUAACAAAGGAGGAGUAAGGGUCAUCGAGCGCAUGUUCAAAGAUGUACUCAGCAGGAGAGGUGUGAAUUCAUCCCACUGAGUUGAGAGCAAGUGGCUGCACCAGGAAGGUUGAUAUAAAUAUUAAAGGCUCUCUCACUCACAGAUCAGAGGGAAAUGGAGAUGAAAGUAAAACGAGUUAACACAGAAAACGGGCAGAAUAAAGAGUAACCCUACUCAUUUUAAGGGGCACAUCAGUUUCCCCUCUACUAAAGUUCCUGAACUUGAAACACAGAGUUCCUCAAAAAGGUCAAAGUUCCUAUGACAGGAUGAUAGUCAUCAAGUUGUAAUGCUGAACCUGGUCCAGACCACUUUGGCUGAGCAUAGUAGGUUUGCAUGGGGAUCCGUCCAGCAUCCAGGUGAGAAAGAUCGAGCUAUUUCACACUAAAAACUCUGACUUUAAAACCAUCAGGCCAGAUUUUCCCUUAAAUCUCGCUCUUUAUUUGCAGGUUGAUUUUGCAUUCACUCAGUGCUUUCAGUGCUACAUUCUGUGUGCUUUAUGUCACCCACGAAAUAAGAACGCAGUGACUCCCCCUACCAUGACAUCUUGUGCACUGGCUGAAAAAAGGACCAUAAUGCCCAUAUAGGCUGCAAAAAAAUAGCUUCCAUGGUUGAUUGUGCAUUAUACCACUCUGUUGUGGGCUUUUUAUGAGCUAAUAUAUUUGUGAAUAAUGUUCAGAUCUUCAGUUUUUAUCACAGAGUUUGUGUAAAACCCAAAUAAGAAAUGCAGUUAGGAGUGUCUCGAUGUAUCUGCCUGCAAAGUUUUGCAUAAAAAGGCACCACAGUGUAAAAGUUGUUAUUGAUUUACUGGUGGAGGAUCAGACAACAAGUUUACCUGACGUCAAUUGAAAUCUGUGCGCUGGAAAAAACACUCUUAAUAAACCUCGAGCGGUUGGAGUCGUUUUGGUUGAAGGCUUCCAUCUUUCUAAAAUCCACUUGUAAAAAAAAAAAAGACAAGCAGAAGAUGAGGUGCAGCUUUUUGACAGGCGGACAAUCUCUAGUGAGACCGGAGCUCUGCCUCAAAGGUUUGGCCAAGAGCCCUCAGAGACCUGCGUAUCCCAUGCCAAUUUAGCCGGCCUAGGUUUAAAGCGAGUGUGCAGAUGCAGAAAAACCUGCAAAUGAGCCCGAGACUUGUGCUCCCCGCUGUGAGCACCCUCGAUCUGGAAACGGCAGAAAAUAUGAGGCCACAAUCUGUUUUCAUUUAGGCAGCAGUCCACUUUGAUUAGAACCAGUGUGAGGAUGUUGGCAUUGUAAAGAGGAGAGUGUUACUUAUCAGUGCAGCUGCUGGGAGUCGUUCCUGCUCUUGUUUUUCUCAUCAUAACUCGUGACUUCACCACACAUUAAGCUUGAGUUUAUCACACAGUGGGACCUACUUUGCUAGCUUUGCUCAUCUUUAAAUGAUCCCUAUUAUGUUCAUUUUCACCUUUGAUUAUGUCAGUCUGGGACACCUGUAGAGUAGCUUUGCAUCAUCUGCAGCUUUAAAAAAACUCCUUAUUUAUCUAAACUGGUGUUGGUGAAAAACUGUAAUUUUAGCCUCCACUUGAAAUGCUUUAUUUUGGCUGCUUUUCCUGUGAUGAAAACGUACUUUUCACACAGCUUUGUUGCCAUGAAAUGACCCAGAAGUUAUGCCUUUACAGAUAUUGUCUGAGGCCAGCUGUCAAACGCCCGCUUAGCUUCCUAUUUGCAUACCUUAGCUGCUUUUGUAAUGUUACAGACAGCUUGCGGUUUUGAGCCUUCACCGAAGGUCUUUAUAGAUAUAUUGAUAGAUAGAUUUGAGAUAUAAACCCUUUCUUCCAUCAAUCAUCAUGGGAAACAUCAACUCUCUGUCCAACAAAAGCGAUGAGCUGGAGAUAUCGGUGAAGACUGAGAAAGCAUACCAUGAGUGCAGUCUCCUGUGUUUUACUGAAGCCUGGUUGAAUCAAAACAACUCCAGUGUUCUAGUGUGGCUCUACCUGACUUUACUCUAAAAUUAGACAGAGGUGCUCAAGCUCAUGGCAAGAAGAAAAGAGGAGGUCUGGCUUUAUUUGUCAACCCGAGAUGGUGCAAUCCUUCACACAUAACUGUCAAGGAGAAGUUGUGUUGUCCAGAUAUGGAACUGUUGACCAUAUUAUGUCCCAAGGGAGUUCAGUCAUAUCAUAACAAUACAAGGAAACAGCUGAAGUUCCUUGUGAUGUUCUCCAUGAUGCUGUUGCUAGGAUACAGACUCAACAUCCAGAGGCACUAAUAAUGAUACCAGGCGACUUCAACCCUGUCACCCUCUCCUCUCACCUGACUGGAUUUACACAGUUUGUUAACUGUCCUACCAGAAAAAAACAAAAAAACCCUGGAUCUGCUGUAUGCCAACGUCAAAGAAGCCUACAGAGCCACUGCCUUACCUCCACUGGACAGGUUAGAUCAUAACUUAGUUUAUCUGCAGUUUAUCUGAGAUUACAGACAAAUGAAUUUCUCUUUGGGGAUAAAUAAAGUUAUUAUAUUACUGUAUUGUAAAACAGUCCCAGGUUUCUGAAACAGUAAAGAGGCAAAUCCAGCUCAGACUUGCCUUUAUUUACAAAGAAGUCCUGAGACUGGAAAACCUGUCUCAGAUUACACUGCUUCCUUGUAUCUCAUUCUAUGGACCUUUGCUGCAGUUUAGCCUGCAGAUCUAAACUUGUAACAUCAUGUGUUUUUGUGUUAUGAAUUCACAGUUUGGACUCAGCAUAACCGGUCUCUUUUAAUCAUGAUAAUUGCAGUUUGAUAUUUGAAUAAAAGAAAAAUCUUACUCUGAGAUAUGUUUGUACAGAAAUACUUUGAAGCAUUUUUUUUUAAUUCAGUAAAUCACAGCGCUUCUGCUCAGGUACAGACAGAUAUCUGUGUUUUUCAUCUGUUUCAAGUCAGAGCCAAAAAAAUGACUUGAAACUCAUUACAGUCCCAGCGGGAAGCCAUCAUAGCAGUUAUUACUUUGAAUGAGAUACAGGAAGUGCUUAAAAAGUGUCAGAGUUUGGAGUAAUAAUCAAAGUUUUAAAACUGCUCUGACUGGCUUUUUUCAACUUCCAUCCAUGUUCAUAUCCAGGGAGGGGAUCCUUCCAUACACAUUAAGUCUCAGUCCAUCACAACUCUUACACAGUUUUUACAACUUAUGCUAAAAUAUAAUACAAUUAAAUCUUUUUUCAACUCACUUGUGGUUUGCACUAGUCUAAAGUUGUUUUCUUAUAUAACCUUAUCUCUCUAAUACAAUUAAAUCUCCUAGAUAAUUCACCUCAAGAGCAGAUCAUAGUCAUGUUUAUUGGUGUGUUUUUUCCUCUAUCUAAAGACAUUGCACCUGUUGGUCUGCGGAGGCUUUGGCGUCGAUUACUUUUAUUUUCUGAGUUGGUGCAGAGCUACAAAAAAGUGCCGGCAGGGAAUUUUUGGAAGCUGCCACACCUAACAGGCAUGAAUGGCACUGACAGACAAAAACUGCCUUCAACAAGCCCUUUACCUGAACAUUGCUUUUUAUUUACUUAAGUUUGAGUUUGUAGCUGAUUUUCUCCUCUCCACCUGACAGCCUGUUACACUGAUUUGAUGGUUUCUAAUCCAGGUAAACAGCCAAAAGCAAAACUGAGAGGUUUAAUCUGAAACAGAGUGUACGUAUUUUUGGAUAUUUAGCAGCAGUUCUGCCUUGGUAUGAUCUCAUCAGGGUCCCUGCAGGUCCUUGAAAAGUCUCAUAUUAGAUUUUAAAUAUUUAAGGUCCUUGAAAGUCUUUCUUUGGACAGAGACAGGUCCUGAAUUUUAGAUGAGGCAAUGUCUGAGACAAAUCUGGCUACUUUUUCAAAUUUAGAUUGUCAUGUUUGUUCGACAUAAACAAAGAAUGCAAUAUAGUAUAAGAGACAAAAAAACUAAGUGUUAGUUUAUGCAGGAUGGGGAGGUCAUAGGGUGCUGCAGAAAUCAGCUGACAUGCAACUGAUUGGAUUAUUGCCUCCAAUCAGCCUCAAACCAACAACAGUCCAUUCUCACAACAAGACACUGAUCCCCUCUACACUGAAUGCUGCUCACACUCUGCUGCUGCUGGUAAAGCUCUGCUCCAUCCAUCCCUCCAGGCUAAAAGCUUGUUUGUAGCCUUGCAAGGGAAAGCUGCAGCAGGCUGCUUGGCUAACCCAGUGGGUACUCUUAAACUGCCAAGCAUAACUGUAAACAUUUGGCAAUGAAUGAUUUAAGCCUGUGACGAGAUCGUAUCACAGAUACUAUGAGAUGACCGGCAAGAUGUGCUUAACAGCUGUUGAACAUGGGACAUAUGUGGAUUCGGCUGUGCAGAAAAGGUGUUCAUUUUUCUCUAUUUGCAUCUUAACAAGGUAUUUAAAGUCUUAGAUAUGAUUUUAAAAAGUGUGCAGCAGCUCUGGUUCAUUCUUCCUCUUACCUGACUGACCUGUCUAAUAGCCCUUCACAGCCAGGGCGGAAAAGCUGCUCCAUGAGGGUCAAUGAGACUCUGCAAUGAUAAGGGAAAGAGAAAGCCAAUACUUUACAUGUGAGACAGUUCAAAUGAAGCCAACAUUUUCAGCCAUGCACUCGCACAAGAAGAAUGUAAUUAUGUGGAUAAAUGUUCAUUAAGAUGGCAGAUUAACUUUCCUUUAGUUAGAGACUUACUUUCUUGUACACUAGUUUCAGUGCAAUGACUCCACACAGUCCACAGUAGAAACUCUCAAAUAGCGUGCUAUACCUCCAACUUUAUAAAACCAGCAUGAUAACAUUCUUAACACAUUCCAACAUGCAAAGCUUAGCUCUCCUUCAUGUGUUAGUAUGGCAUCUUUCACACGAACACUCAUACAAAAUGGUUUAUAAAGAAGAACAAAACAUCACGGACCAAAAGUUUAAGAAAAAAGAAAGCUCUGAAAAUCCAAAAAUUCACAGCAGAAAAAAAUAAUCAUUUAAAAUGGUUUAUUUUGGUCUCUGGACAAAACAGUCUGUGAUGACUUUGACUAGUAAACAUGAUAGCUGUGUUUUCAAACCAAAGUACUUAUUAUUUUGCCUUCACUGGUGUGUUGAACUAGUUUUACAGAUGGCUAACAGUUGCCCCAGUAAACACCCAAAAGCUUCUUGCUGUUUUGACAUUCAUUGAAACCAGUUCGAUGUUCUUAAACUGUAAAACACAAAAAUAGAUGCAUAUCACAACCAAAGCUGAAACUCUUAUUAACAUAAAUCACAUAAACAAUGUAAAUCUAGCAGCCAUAUAUGCCAAAUAUUUGUUAACGAUCGAUUCAGGCUAAGCUACAAGUGGAAAAGACACAGCGAUUAGCAUGAUGCUAAUUUACACUGAAAAACCCAAAAGGAUGCCAGCACUAAUGGCAUCUUGUGUUUAUUCCACUUUUCAGACAUUUUCAACAACUGACGGUGCUUCAUCUGAGAAUCUAACAUUAAGUAAAUCACCCUUAAACAGCCUAAUAACAUCUCACAGGAUGGUUUAUCACUGCAGAACUUUUGACAAAGCUCUGUGCAACUCACUAUGUAACUACCAUAAACUGUAUGGACGCUGUCUGCCUCCUGGCUGGGUGAAGCCACCCCAAGAACAGCACCCUCUGGUGACGGGCUGCAGUAUAGGUCAUAAAUCCCGCCUCCUCCAGCAAUCCCUAUGGAGCUGUGGACAAACUUUAGAAAUUUAUUACACAGAAUAUACAUUUUUCUCCCCCCUGCGUGUGAAGUUGACAUGUAGUUACUGUAAGACUGGUUUGUGCUCAAGUCCUCUUUUUUUCUGUACAGCUCCAUUUUAAAAAGUUAUUAGGGGCUCCAUGAUUUCUACUAUUCACACUUCAUACAGCCUAUGAGCAUACGAAGAUCACGUAGCUCACCUGGGGGAUACGCUGUUUGAGCAGAGCGUCAUCACAGCAACUCUCCCGCUGAAUGCGUACAAUGCUACUGUGCAAGUGGUGAAAAGCGUACAGCGCUACUGCGCCAGUAGUUCAAGGAAGUGGAGAAAAUCGUAGAAAUACAGAGAGCAAUACGGCUUCAAAUUCAUAUAGUGGCAGAAAGUGGAGCCAAGUUGUCCAUAGUCUAUUCAGUCCAUGGUAACUAUGGUAAGCCCAGUAGGACAAACCUCAAACUCAAAACUCCAACUGCAGGGCAGUACACUUCUUUUGCUUUAUUUUGACACCCAAACAUCAGAUAUUUUUGCUAUGGUGAAUGUUAAAAAGGUUCUCAUCAGGCAUGCAUUUCAUCCCUUAGUCUGACACUUUCAUCCAGUGUUGCCACCUCCUCAGUAAAGAAAGUUGCUAGUGGCUGUCGAAGAAGUUGCUAGAUGAUGACAUUGCCUAACUUCCAUAAUUUUUUAGUCAGAAUGAGAAUUAGAGGAUCACCAAAGAGGCAGGGAUAAGCCUUUGUCGAUAGUAUAGCUAUCCUUUGUUUCAUAGCCAUCAGUGGAAGUAUCGAGAAAAAGUUCAAUUUUCUUUUUGAGACUUCAAAGGUAAGAAACCUGUAUCUCUGGAUUGUUCUAUAAAUGGAUUUUCUCCAAAGUGACUGCACUGUGUGAGUCACACAUUUCCAAAAUGGGCUCCACUGAACAUAACACAUCCAUUAGACCGUGAUCACUGCUUUGCUGCUGGUGAUGAUAGUUAAGUGAAAACAUUGACACAUGGUCGACCCCAGAGGAUGGAUUGUUACUUUUAGUUUCAGUAGGUUGGAAAUAAUUGGAGAAAAGGUGCCACUGUCAAAAUGCCACCCUCACUGUUCCAUUAGCUGAAGCCCAGCUGUUUCCAUUAUAACUCCACAACUCUAUCUAUUAUCAAUUAUUUAGACGUUACAAACAAACAGGUGAGAAACUCAGCGAGUUGAAGCAGCAAAACUGGAGGGAAGGGAUCUAAUUAAAUGGCCCUCAGCGUCUUCACACUGUUAGCCACUUAGCCCAUGGCCCAGGCUUUCCAAUCUCUCUGCUGAGCUUAUUAAAUUCAAGUCUGUUAAGUGCUGUUUCCCAACUGGUGCGCACUAAAAUAAAGAAGUUCAUUAAACUUAUAAUAAAAGUAAGGAUACAUGACAAAACAACACAUUAAAAGACAAUAACUGACACCGUGAGGUGGAUAUGUGCCGUGUAAUAACACAAUGUGUUAUAAAUGCAGACAAAUGAAGGGAGUAUUAAGUGGGACAUAAUCAUCAGAUCUUUCAUAAUGGGAACAGAAUAUGCAUCCACAUUCAGGUUUUAGUCCCGACCAUUCAAGAGCACUUCAGAGCAGGUUUGUGUGCAUUUGGUUGACCAAAGAUUAAACACCAACACCCUUGCUGGCUAACACCACAGCUACUAGUCUAUUCAAUUGAUUAUUUGCUUUUUUCAUAACACAGAUCUAACAUCUUGAGCGCAUAUUGUGUCUAAGCUGUAGCUCCAGUGGGCAUCAACCUGCAAGGGGGAGGCAGAGGAUAACGCAAGAUAGUUUCAAAUCAUUGUAAUAAAAAAGAAAAAAGAUGUAAAGCUGGUUGGAGAGUAUACUUGGGUGGCUGAAAAUAUACUUGGGUGGAUUCCCCUGGUGUCAUCUAUGUGUGGGAAACACGAAAACGUUGAUCCUUUUUUUUUUUUCUUUAAGUAAAAGAAUUAAAAGACCAACUUCAAGCUUAAUUACACUUUGUAAUUUCAUGUUUAUAGACUAAAUGAUAUCGAACAUCAAGAUACCUGGUUUUGGUUCAGUCUCUUCCUUUGCUUGUUCUGAGCCCUGUGUUGUGUAUAUUUUUCUGCCUCUUUGGUUAACUGGCCAACUAAAAGUGAAACUUCGAGCAAGAUUGCAAAGGCACUUUAGCACCAUAUAGUUUUGAAUCUCUCUGAAAGCUCUGUUUUGUUGGUAGUUUUCUCUCUCAGACUGAUUCAAAUAGGGAAUGAGUCAUUUCAGCCUGCCUGUUUGCCACCCUGGUAAACCCAGAGAUCACAGAGGGAGAAAUCUGUAGAGAGAAGAGAUAAGACAACACUGUUGUGUAGCAGCCCCUUAAAGUGAAGGACAAACGGCUCCUCUGAAAUCCUCUUCAAACUUUUGUGUUGCCCUGAAACCUGGAAAAAUACAAAAACAAAUCUUAAUUUUAUGAAGAAGACAAAUAAUUAGAGUUUCUGAUCACAAAGUAGCUUUUUCUCUUUAAUUUCUGCAUAUCCCACAAUGAUCACUUCACACACACAACACUACACUACUAGAUCAUGAAUAAAUAAGAAAUGCUUACCUCAAUGUCAUGGUUGCGUUUGAAAAACAUGCACCAAACAUACAGAGAUGCACAGAUACAGGUAAAUAUCCAGGUUAACCCACUUACAUAAAUCUACUCUAUCCUACUUUUUUCUGCCACAUGUUUAAUUCAUAUCCUUCCUCCACAUCCACAGUAGCCCAAAGGAAUUUCCCGCUGCCACUUUGUCAUACCCGAUCCAUCCAUAUCUCCCCUGAAACAUGCAUGAUUUACAGUCAUUUGUAUCCCAUCCCUGUGACGAUAAGUGAUCAGUCUCUCAGAGAUGUCCCCUAAUAGCAUCAUUUAUACGGUCUCCCAACAACCGGGCCACUGGGUGUGCAGCACACCUUAAUGACCUGAUGGCUUACCGGCUCCAUUCAUUCUUGGAGACACCUUUUUUUUUUUUACAGGCGCUGUAGUUUUCCCAGGAGACGAAUAGUCUGGCCUGUUAUUGGAGGAAGGUGGAAAGAGACCAUUAGUUUGGAGGGAUUUUAAUCCUUGUGGCACUUUGGCUCUAUUUUACAGUAUGGAGACUACGACCCAAACAUACACAAACCUGGUUUCUUGGCUGAGGAGGAACUGCUGCCAAAGAGGGUGAGUGACACCUCUCCUUACCUGCUGUUGUUCACAUUACAUAUUUAUCCACUUAUAUAGGCCAGUCCCUGCAUUAUUACACGUACACGUACAUGUGUGUAUGACACCUGUCUCUCCUUAUUCCAGGUGAUUAAUUUGUACCAGAUGACUGCAGAAAUGUGGGAGGAGAGGAUCACUGCCUGCUAUGCAGAGCACAGGGGCAGGACAAGGUAAACGCUGCAAUGUAUCACACUCAAGUUUCACAUUCAUCAGCGAAAUUUUAAUGUCAAGUUCAUUUAGGAUGUGCUUCAAACUCAGUUCAACAAGAAGUAUUUAAAGUCCAUCAUGGCAACGAGAUGAAGGAAGAGUCACAUAAAGUUGUCCUCAUCAGGAAGUUAGUGGAGUUUUUUAUAUCUGCUGUCGGUAAAGUCAAUGUGCUGCUAACAAAAGCACAAUUAAUGUAGCUGCUUUUGAAGAGAGGUGUUUAAAAUCACAGAGCAAAAAAAGCUAUUAAAAUGACGCACUGAUGGAAUCACUUUCACAAAUCAAAAAGGAGAACAAUAAUGAAAACCAGUCACUCUGUUGGUGCACUUUGCUCCUCUGCUAUUCGGCACCGAGAUGAAAAUGGAUGGUGAGCCAGUGUUUGGGUUGUUGAGUGUCUUAAAAACUUCUGUGGGUGUGGAGUUGUGGACCGGAAAGUGAGUUACACUGCAGCACUUUGAAAAGUGAACAUUGAGUCACUGCUGCUGAUCAAUAACCCCUUCAACCCCAGCAGAGAGAGGGAAGUUGGUGGUCCGCAGACCUUUGGCGUUUUAGCUGUUUAGUAAGCAGUGCAGCAUGGACAGGGCAGAGAGGAAAGAUCACAGGCCUGGUGGGGGAGCGAGGGCCGGGUUUUGAUAAAGUUCUUUGUUUCGGGUGUCAGUGGAAUAUCCAAAUUUUUGGGACCAAUUACAAGACAAACUUGUUGGUCGUGCACUGAAUGCUUCAAAACUAGAGAUGUCCACAUCAGCCUGGGCUUACUUUUCUGUUGAGUGUGAAGUAUCAGUGAGCUAUGCCGGCUGUUUGUGGUUAUUUAUCAAAGAACAACAUUCAGAAAAGACAAUUUAACUUUAAAAUACUCUAAGUCACUUUCUCUGAGCAUGCUGCUGAGGGUGAUCAACUGCAGGUGCAUAAUCUGUCUCCCAGUUUAUCAAAAUCUAGAUUCUGAGACACAAAAGAUAUUUUUUUUAGGACUGUCACUUUCUGAUCCACACUCAAGUAUUUGUUCAAACUUAGGGGCAAAAGUAUAAAACUGAAGUGAGCCGUUUAAAUCCAAAGCUCAUCAGGCUGCAGAGCGAGCUUCCAUCGUAACCUGACCAUUGCAUGGCACUCUUGACCUAAGUGAAUGGAUACAGUGAUGAUAUUACACCAAAAAUGGACCCUCACAAAACAUUGUUUUGUCAUGCUGUUCUUUUUUGCACUUGCUUUUAGGUCACUUUAUUUCCUGCAUUGUAAAGCUAUACUUUUAUUUUGAGGUGUACUACGAUCACUCCCGAGAGACAAAAUAAAAACAAUAACAGAACGGUUAGAAAGUAUUCAUGUAUAAUUGAUAAGAAACCAGAGGAAGCACAAGCUCUAUGGUCGUGUUUGGAUCAUAGACUGUAUAUAGAAUGGACGCUGUCUGCCUCCUCACUGGGUGAAGCCACAGCAAGAACAGCACCCUCUGGCGACGGGCUGCAGUAUAGGUCAUAAAUCCCAACUCCACCAGCAAUCCCUAUGGAGCUGUGGACAAACUAUUUGAAUUAAUUACAGAAUAUGAUUUUUUUUACCCUCUGGUUGUGAUGUUGACAUGUAGUUAUUGUAAGACUGGUUUCAUCUCAGCAACUCUCCGGCCAAAUGCGUACAACGCUACUGUGUAAGUGGUGGUUCCAGGAAGUGGAGAAAAUCCAGGAAAUACAGACAGCAAUUCAGCAUCAUAUAAUGAUGGGAGGCGAAAUCAAGUUGUUCAUAGUAUAUACAGUCUAUGGUUAGGAUUCAUAUAAAUGUUCAAAUGUCAGUUUUUAAAAAUGCUGAAUAAUUUCUUAAAGAUGUGCUACAGCUAGCUCGCUAGCAGCUAAUGCUUCGUUUUUGUCUCUCUUCCAUAUUAUGGUAAGGUAUGAACACAAGCGUAAAUGACACCAUGAUAUUACAGUGUGCGCAUUUUUUGGCAGAAAAUAAUUAUUUUUUUCUUCAAGACAGUUAUAAUCAAUAUAUUAUUGAUAUAUUACAUAUUGCUACAGCCCUACAGGUCACAGCAUGAAAAAAAAACGUGAUUAUAUAGUUGGCUUGUGGAAGUAAGAGAUAAAAAUGUUCUCUUUUGAUGGAAAUUAACUCUGCAGAGAGACUGAGGAGGUUAAUUUAUUCAGGAUCCUAAUAUAGUUGAAUACAUCCUGGUCAUAAACUACACCAGGAUGUCACUGUAUCAUAAUCACUUUGUCUUCUUUCCAGACGUAUGUGGUUACACAAAACACAUCUCUCUCUAAAUAUAGAGACGAGCAUCAUGUUGGAAAUGCAUCUAGGACUGAAACUGUUCUGUAUCCAUGCAUUGCAAAUCUAAACCAGGUCAGAGAAUAUAAAAAUAUACAGAGGAUAUUAAAGAUUGUAGAAAGUGGAAAAGGUCUGAAAGAGCUAGAAAUCAGAUUUUUUUUAGGGGAGCUGAUAGUCAGUGUAAACUAAAACAGGUUUAUCUUGUAUUUUGUUGCCUAACUUUGCUAAACUAAUCCAGACAUUAACUUGAGGAGAAGAAACUUCCACAACGGCCUCGCCAUGUGCAUCAGCAUGUUCGACUAAUUUCUAACACUUCCUCAGCGUUCGUCGAGCAUUUGCAUUUAAAUUUCCCCCGACUCUCUCUCUCUCCAGUCAGACUGUGACUAGUCCAACCUAGUUAAGAUUUGUUGUCUUGGCGCAACGCUCUCCUUCAUGUUCAAACUUUAAUGAAGCUUAAAUCAUCAAUUUCUCAACCAGCACAGUGUUCAAAGUUUAUAUGCAGAAUUACGCCAUGACUCCCUGUCAGCUCUUAAAGUAUGCUAAGGUUCACCUCUAUAGAUUUGCCAAACAAGCUGCAGAAAUAGAAACAGAAGAGUUUGCUGCAUUUUGUUCCCUCCGUCUCAGUGUUUUAGAGUCUUGGGGGCAUCAGAAUAAGUCUUCCUCUCCAUCAAGCAUGACCUCUUAAGCCUGUUAGCGAAUCAUGGUUGCAUUUUGUGACAGCGCCACGCUUGUGUUUUCCCCCUCGCAGGAGCUACAUGGCAGAGUUUUUAUAGAUCACACAACAUGACAGAUGCUAAACACAAAGGCUGAGAAAACACGGUCUGAUCCCUUUUUCUUCCACUCCCCCCUCCCUCUCUUCUCCAUCCCCCUGGAUCCCUCUAAAUCCCCUCCUCCUCCUUUCUCUGUCUGUCUUUGAACCAGGGAUGAAGCUGAGAUGGAGUAUUUAAAAAUAGCUCAGGACCUGGACAUGUAUGGCGUCAAUUACUUUUUGAUCAGGGUGAGCCAACGCUGCUUUGCUCUAUCUUUACAUAGUGAGACAUGAAGAGGUGUGUCAGUUUCAAGGUGGUGUUAUGAAGUGAAGGUGGGCGCUGCAGUCUGACUUUGCUACUUUAAAUAAGCAGAAGAAAUGCCUUUUAUUCCUCAAUGUAUCUUUUCCAUGUGAGUCAUAAUGAAACAAACAUGGCUUAAUUAAUGGAAACCUGGUCAAGGUGGCUCUGGCCUUCUUGAAUUCAUUCUGUGAAAGGCCGAGACAUUUUAAAAUACCACCAGACUGCAUCUGCACCACAACUCACUCAGCUCUGCCCAGCUUUUACAAACAGUUUUGGCACACAGAGCCGCCAUAAUUCCAGAGUCAGAGCAAAUACAAAUAAACAUCAGCAUGUUUAGUGUUCAAAUAGUCUUCUCAAGCAGAGGUGUAGGAGAGAAGGUUUGUUUACUCUGCUGAUGUGCUUCAGAACAAAAAGGGAACUGAUCUCCUUCUGGGGGUGGACGCUCUGGGUCUGCACAUCUAUGAGCCGGACAACAGGCUGACACCCAAGUGCUCCUUCCCUUGGAACGAGAUCCGCAACAUCUCCUACAGCGACAAAGAGGUGAGGUCUGCUUUGCAAUGUGGUUUGGAGGGUAGCACCUAGUGAUGCCAGUAACGCUUCACUUAGUAACGUGCUACUCUAAUAAGUCCACUUUUUCAGUAACGAGUAAUCUACUGCGUUGUUUCCAAACCAGUAAUUAGAUUUAAGUUACAUGUCCAAGUCACUGUGUGUGUUGCUUUUUUUCUCAUUUUCCUUAAAAAAAAAAGAAAGAUUUCGUUCUCAAGCUGGAAAUACAGCCACUAUUUUAAAGACUGUAUUUGCUUUAUAUUUUAUUAAGAAAAAAUGUGUUUCUGAUUUGUCAGUCAAGAAAGACUGUCUUUAUUUAAAAAAAAAAUAAAAAAAUUGUCAUUCCUCUUAAAAUUACACUUCCAAUAAAUUGAGUGUUGGAAGAAAAUAAUAGUCAUUUAUCUGUUGAGGCUGCUGAAUAUAACUUAAAAAGUAACUUGUUAUCUAACUUAGUUACUUUUAAUAAUGAGUAAAGUAACUAAGUUACUUUUUAAAGGAGUAAUCCAUGAUCAGUAAUCAAAUUACUUUUUAAAAGUAACUGUGGCAACACUGGCAGCACUUUUGACUGUCUGACACACUGAUAUUCUUGUUUCUUCUGUUUUCAGUUUACCAUCAAACCUCUGGACAAGAAAACCAACGUGUUCAAGUUCAACUCUUCACAGCUCAGGGUCAACAAACUUGUGAGUUGUGCUAAGAUGGCAGAAGUGUGAAUGUGAGAAUAUAAGCUAUAUAAACUAAUCUGAGUGAAGAUGGAGAGAUGGCGAGUCAGUGCGGUAUCUUGUUGGUUCCUCUGAUGCAGAUCCUCCAGCUGUGCAUCGGGAACCAUGACCUGUUCAUGCGCAGGCGGCGGGUGGACUCGCUGGAAGUCCAGCAGAUGAAAGCUCAGGCCAGAGAGGAGCGAGCCCGAAAACAGGUGCUGAGAGUUUUGACAACUGCAUGUUUGUUGUAUCAGUGGGUCAAAUUUCAAUCCUAGUGGAGAAGUUUCAGAUGAUAAUGAUAAUUUUAAAACGUUUAAAAAUCAUCUUGAAAAUAAGUCUGAGAUAUUUUGUUGCUUCAUAAAGUUUUCAUGAGUUUCUGUUGUAGUUUUAACAGUCCCCCACAUUAUGCUGCACACCUAAACUGUAUAAUUGACUUUACUUCAAAAGCACUUCUAUUGUUGGUCUUCCUCAUUCACCUGUUUUGGUUCCAGUUUAUCCUUGUCCUGUUGUGUUUUCUUCCGUAUGUAAUCUUUUGUUUCAUUGUGUCUGUGUUAGUCCGUAUUUCAAUAGUUUUUUUUUCCCCACCAUAUCCUCUCUCCUCUGUUCUCACUCUGCCUGUCUGUCCUUGUCAUUCAGGUGGAGAGGCAGCAUCUGCAGAGGGAGAAGCAGCUGAGAGAGGAGGCCGAGAGAGCCAGAGACGAGCUGGAGAGGAGGCUGAUUCAGCUGCAGGAUGAGGCUCACAUGGCCAACGAGGCUCUGGUAAGAUUCAGAUGGGACUCUGUCUUGUCAGCUGUGUCAUGGACGCCAAGUUUGUAAACAGAUAAAUAGAUUUUUGUAAUGAAGCUCCCAAUCAGGGCUUUAGCUUGUCAUUUAUCCCUCUGUCAUCAAGAAGCAGUUUUUCACUUUCUUUGUUCUGUUUUCUAAUAACGCUCUCUUUCCUCCUCCCCAGCUGCGUUCAGAGCAGACGGCAGACCUGCUGGCUGAAAAGGCCCAGAUCGCGGAGGAGGAGGCCAAGCUGCUGGCCCAGAAAGCUGCUGAGGCUGAGACGGAGAUGCAGCGCAUCAAAGUGACUGCCAUCCGCGGCCAGGAGGAGCGGCGGCUCAUGGAGCAGAAGAUGCUGGAGGCUGAGAUGCUGGCCCUCAAGAUGGCUGAGGAAUCAGAAAGAAGGUGGGGAGAGGAGGAGGAGGGAGGCUAACAUGAAUGAAUGUGGAGUGUGCAGCCAGCAGUGCUGCAGUGAUUCUGAUUCUGAUCAGGCUUUGACCGCAGUGUGGUUUUGUUUCCGGAAAGACUGCCUCUCACAUACCAAACUUUACUCUUUAUCCGCCUCACACCCUCCUCUGAAUUCAGAUGCUUAGAUCAGUUAUUCUCGUGUCCAUCUUACUUUCCAUGAGCAAAUAUCUCCAAGUAAGGAAGCUUUCUUACACAAGCAUGCUCCUGAAUAACCUCCACUCAUGAGCCUCUCCACUGUUUUCAGAGUUACUUUAUUGUUUAAUGUCGAGGCGCACAAACACAUUGCUGCACUUCAGUCAGUCGAUAUGCCCCGAGCUCACAGCCAGGUAACUCUGCUGCAUAUGAAUGACAUGAUCAAAGAACGAGAGCUUCUUACCUGUUUAAAAUCAUUUAAUUUUAAAGUCUUUGUUCUCGCGCUGCAGCUCAAGUGCAGGCAAUCAUGCAGCGCUUCCCACCGGCACAAAAGAGAGGAAUCUUCUGUUCAGCGGGCGUCCUCUUUGCUUUCAGACACAGCGGUUUAAUUUGUGCUAGUUAAUUGUUCACAGUAGUAUUGAUUGGUGCGGGGAAUUCCUGUCAAACCUUCAUUGUCGCUGCUUAUUGACGCAUCACAGUGCUGAAACUGAUCUCUACUUUUAAAAGAUAUUUUAGGGAGCUUUCACACCUAAGUCGUUUGGUCUGGACUUUCAGACUUUAGUCUGAACCAAAAUGAUUGGUGUGAAACCUGACAGGUCCGAAACAAACAGCCAGACCUUGGUCCGACCUAAAGAGGUGGUCUCCAGCGGGAUUAAACUGAACCACGAUCUGGUUCAUGCCCAGUGUGAAUGCAUCAUUUUAAAAGUUUCGGACCUAUGUACCAAAGACAGGAAAUUAUGACAUGACUGCCAGAAAAAUAAAAUCCAUAACCAAAACAAAAUGAGCCGGGGAAGCACAUGGGGGGAAGAAGAGACCAAAUAUCUCAUAGAUAUAUGGUCAGAUGAUUUUAUUCGGGGCCAACUGAAAAAAAAAAACACAAAAAUACAGAAACUUUCCAACUGUUUUCUGAGAGGAUGAAAGAGAGAGGGUGCGAGAGGACUGGAGAACAGUGUCACCUAGAGAUAAAGAAACUGCAGCAGCAGUACACAAAAGUGCGUGAUGCACUGCGAAAAAGCGGUGCUUCUGCAGUUAAAAGGACAAGUUUCCCAGAGACACACAAAAAACGUAGUUGAUUAGGAUAUCACGCAGGUUCGUCAUGUUAAGUCUGUUAGUCCAUUUGCAGUAAUGACAGUGUGAAACCUAAACAGACCCAACCAAAUGUAAACAACAGAACAAAAACACGGACCUUGGUUCCGACCUUGGUCCAGACUUUCAGGUGUGAAAACGCUUGUCAUUCUCUGAUAACAGAAAAAAUUCUAGAAGACUGUUUGAAAAAGUCUUAUUUUCUUUUUCCGUUAGAUGGCACUUUGACUGAAAUAUGUCUGAGUAUUUCAUCAAAUCUACGUCACCUCCCUGCUUUAUUCUGAUGCCUCAAACGUGAUGUUCAUUAUGCUCCUGGUGUGUAUUGUAAGCCUUUGAUUUGAUGGUGAUCAUAAGCGUUGUUUGCUCUCAUCAUAUCAGGACUAAUCGUGUUAGAAAGUGACAUUUACAAAUGUGCAUCUACAACAAGUCAGGUUCGAUUACCUGCUGCCUGAGCUAACCGCUACCUGAAACACCUCAUGACAGAGGAACAGGCUGUGACAGAAUAAAUGACGAUCUCAGUGCAUCUUUAUUACAUGGAGGAAUCCACAAGCUACCUGGCAAUAUGUAAAUAAAUAAAUAAAUAAAUGAGUCACAUUGUGUUAAUUGUUGUUUAAUUAAAAUGCACUUCAGCCUCAUUACUGUAAAUGCAAUAAUGAAAUGAUAGAGAGGCUGAUGCAUUAAAGAUUAUAUUUAAAUGAUGAAUCAACGUGAUAAAUAUCCCCCAGUGGGCCGUUCUGCAUAUGAACUGAUUUUUUUCCUGCUGUUUAAAAUGAAGAAUGCUAAUGAGAGGAGCUCCCCUGCAGUUUGAUCUAAAUGUUAAAAUUUUUCACUCACGUUUUCUUUUCAGGUGACUUGCACAAGACUUGUAAAAGAGAAUUUAUAAUUUGAUCUUGAUAUUCACCCCCAAUGGCAGUUUUAUGCCACAUCUGUGAAAGUUUCUGUUAUCAAACAUAAAAAAACUGUGUGAAUUUUCUUUGUUUUGGUCUUUAAAGGUCUUAAAAAGUUUUUAUUGGAUGAUCAAAAGUGUGAAGACGCCCUCUGGAGUGAUUGAAAUUUACAACUUUGAACAUCUGCCUGUUUUAUUUCUUCAGAGGUCAGAUGGAGGAGCAGAUGGCCACUUGAUGGCUGAUCUUUGAUAAGCGCUCUGAACAGAAUGAUAGAUGCCAAUUUAUCAUAGCAGGGAACCAAGAAGCCAUUUGCACAACACAACAGAAUACAUAGAUACUAAAAAUAUCACUUCACAGCCUCUCCAUCACAAUUUAUAAGCCAAUCAUUUGAAAUGGGUACCAUUAACCACUUGCCUGUAACAGCAAUUUCUGGAUGAGUACUUUCUGCAGCAGAGGAAUUUAAACCGGCACCACUCAACAUGUAAAUGACUACGUCCACUCAAACCCUCGAGGCACACGGCACCCCCACAUAAACCAAAUGUAAUCACCUGCAUAUAACAUUCGCACAUCUCUACGUGCAAACUGGAUGGAGUCAGAGAUGAUUAUCUGCAGGAGGGAUGCAUUGAUCACCUGGGUAAUAAAGCGACCACCUUGUUUCAUGAAGCUCCAGAGUACAGAUUAUGUGCAGAUGAUUUUGGAUUCAAUUUAGCUAGUUAUGUUUCCCCCUGAAGGACUGGGAGGUGAGUUAAAGUCUGAACCGCAUCUGUCUGUGUGUGUUUGUCCCUCAGGGCCAAGGAGGCCGAGCAGCUGAAACAAGACCUGCAGGAAGCCAGGGAGUCAGAGCGGAGGGCGAAACACAAGCUGCUGGAGAUUACAACCAGGGCUGUCUAUUCGGUAACAGACCCAAAAUAUGAACACACAACUGACUGUACUAAUGAUUAAGUCAAAUGUGACAGGAGGUGAUACAACAGUAGGUGAUUGUAAAAUUUACAAAUUGACUUAAUUGUAGAUCAUUUAUCUAGAUAGUUGGCCAAAUGAUGCAAAUGAACAGAGCCAGGAUACCUCACUUUUAAUCAAUUAUUAGGUCUGCCUAAAAUCUGAAAAAAGCCUAAACUUGAAUAUUAGGAGUAUUAUUGUACAACCAACACUCUGGUAAUAAUUGGAAUUUCUCCUGCAGUAUCAAUCUUCACUCGAAAGGCAAAAAAACCCCAAAAUAAUCAAACGACAGAAUUCAUGUGUCCUCUGAUGUGGGGUACCUAUAUUUUGACGUGUGCCAAACAUGCUCGUGCUAUCGUAACCAGGUCUCUAGGUGAUAUUUAAAUGAGUUCUCUGGGUCAAUGUAUAAGAAAUCAUUAAAGGGAUAUUCUGGCGUAAAUUUAAGUGAGGGUCAAACAUACCGUAACACCAAGUUAGACACCCGCUUGAGAAAUUAGUGUUGCAGACUGCUUGCUUCUUUAGUUAUACUAACUUAAGUAAUGACCGCACGAUAGCAGUACACAGUGGUCUCGAUGCGCAAACCUCAACCAAAAAGCCACUCUAUAGCCACAAAUAAUUCUCAGAACAGCACCUAAUGCUGUGUUCCAGUUAACUCGGAAGUCGGAUAUCGGAGCUGGGAACGACGUUACACCCGAGUUGACGGCGUUCCAGUUAAAAAGUCAGAAAACCAAUAUGGACGCCUACAGUUAGCCUUUGUUAGCUGUCGUUUACAAUUGUCAGCGGUCAUUAACUGUUGUCAGCUGUUGUUAGUUGAUGAUUGAUUACAAACACUAUAGCACCGUGUUCACAGUUAGACUUUGGGCAGUACAACAUAUACCACCAAUUUAAUUUCACAAAAACGAAAGAGAAUUGCGAAUAAAUAAUACAUUAGGAGAGCAUUCACUGUUACUCUUUACUGUUGAUGCACUGCGCUGCCAUUUUGGAUUAUGACGUGGUCAUCAAGUUGGGGUCUGUGAGGAUUGUCCAACUUUUAGAGUUGGAAAUCGGACUUCAGGGGUGCAUUUCAGAUGAAUUCCUGAUUUGGAGCUCAGGUAUUCUGACUUCCAGGUACAACUGGAACGCAGCAUAGCUUCACCAACAGUACAUAUAGGAUCCCAGCCAUAGUACUAGCCAUCAAACUUCUUUAUAGCUUUGCCUGGUUUCUUUAGCAAAGAGACUAAACACAACUCACCCACUCUUCUUCAGCAGCUGCUUGUUUGUGGGAGAACCCUGACGAGUCGAUCACCGAGUGCAGCAGAGUUUUGCAGCUCAAGGAAGAAUUUCAUUUAUGAUUAUUACUUCAUGGAAAUGCAAUUAGACAAAGACGCUAAGGCGGAAGAACUACCGUGUCUGCAGUGCAAAAUGAUUAUUAUAAUGAUAAUAACUUCAUGGAAAUGAUCCGCUGCAGGGCUCCCCCACAAAAAGCAGCAGCUGGAGGAGAGUGGGUCUCUUCGCUAAAGAAAUCAGUCAGAGCUAAAAAGAUGUUUGAUGGCUAGUACUGUGGCUAGGACCCUAUAUGUACUGUUGAUGAAGUUAGAUGCUGUUCUGAGUAUUAUUUGUGGCUACAGAGAGGCGUUUUGGUUGAGGUUUUGCGGGUGAAGACGUAGACCGCUGUGUAUUGCUAUAAUGCGGUUGUUGAUAAAGUUGGUAUAACUAGAGAAGCCAACAUUUAUCUCUUGAAGGGGUGUCUAACUCAGUGUUAUGGUAUGUUUGACCAUAACGCAAAUUUUUGAUGGAAUAUCCCUUUAAGAUAACAUAAUGUCAUAGCAACACAAACAACAAAUAAUACUGCAGUACAUACAAAUAAUGCGCCCCCAUCAUCUCAUGCAGAAAAAUAUAUCCCAGAAAUGUAUUGUGCAUCAUCUGCAACUGUGCAACUGAGGAAAUAACUGUGUCCACAGAAAACAGACGUGCACAAACACACACACUUUCAUGCUGCCCUGCAGAGCCACACUGAACUGAAGAUACUUGCAUAAGAACAGGCAGCCAGCACAUAAGGCAGCCUACGCAAAUACUCCCAACAUGCUAAAAGCCUACACACUACACAUUCAUCUGCUGACACACACAUGCACGCACGCACGCACGCACACACACACACACAAAUAUCCAUAUUGGGAUUCUGGAUAUAGAUAGAGUGUGCUUGUAAAUGAAGAGCCUAAACACACGCUGCUGCUGCUCUAACAUACAGAAGAAAUUGCUGCCACUGCCAGGACUCCAUACAUACAGUUAUCAGCUCAUAAAUAAGACAACUACACAUUUAUAUAGAAACAUACACAAGUAGACAACAUUUCCAUUUCCCAUUAUCUCCAGCAUUGCCCUUCACGCUCUUCAAGACGGUACCCACUCUGUGGUCCAGACCUACAUGCCAACCAGUAGAUUUACAUUUAUAUUGUGUAUUAGGUCCACCUCUUAUUCUGCAGACUCCUGCAGUGGCAUGUGGUUGAUGCAGUCCACACGUGUGGUCAGGAUCUAAAAGCAUUUAUUCCUGUGUUCAUGGUCUGUUUCCAUCAAAGUGGUCACACUCUCCCCCCUUUCUCUUCCCUCUCUGUAUUGAGUCCUACCUGCAGAAAUCUUUUUCAUGCAGUCCUCGUCUUUUCCUUAUACAUUAAUGUCACCUUUUUUUCAGCUUCUCCAUCUUAUACAUUUAUUUAAAUCUUUCCAUCUUCUCCCAUCACUUAGUCUGCAGUGCUUCCUUUCCUGUCCUCUCAUCUCUCCUUCUAUCUCUCCUCCUAGUCUCCUGGACUGCCACCUGACAGCAUGCCUCCGGACCUGAGCUUCAGCAGGGAGAACCUCAGCUUUGACUUUAAAGAUACGGACAUGAAACGCCUCUCCAUGGAGAUUGAGAAGGAGAAGUGAGUGUCUGGCCCCCUUCUGCUGAUGCUGUCUGAUAUCCUGAGCCUCAAACCAUCUCCACGUCAGCCUCUCUGGUUAUGCAGUUUGGUGAUUCGACCAACGAAAGGAUCAAAUAAAGCAUAGUUAUAUUUGAUCAUAAUUUUAAAUGCAUAGGCAGCUCUUGGACUAUCAGCAUCAUGUUUUAAUAUGCAGGACUUCAGAAGAGUAGUUGACCCUGAGCAUUAGCUGUCAUUGAUGUCCAGUGAUUUCCCUCCUUAGUCCCCGGGUCAGUGACAGUAAAAACUAACUGGAGAUGAAUACAUUACCAGGAUCUAGGUGGUCACAUUUGAGGAAAUAAUGUCUUGGAAAUAAUGCAGAAGAUUUUUAAGAUGGGCUCAAGAUUUUGAAAGAUGAACUGAGGAAAUUAUUGAGAUUUUUAUAAAACCAUUUGGGUUUUUUAAGGCACCUAAAUGAAUAUUUAGUAGUUAAAUUCUCUCCAAAGGUUUGGCACAGUUAAUCAAAAUGUUACUUCAUUGGUUCUUUAAGGUAAAAACUUGUUGAAAGUCAGAUGAUCCAGAUGCCUCCACAUUGCAUCCAAGUUAUAGACUGUAUAUAGAAUGGACGCCAUCUGCCUCCCCGCUGGGUGAAGCCUCUCUGAGAACAGCACCCUCUGUUGAUGGGCUGCAGUAUAGGUCAUAAAUCCCGCCUCCUCCAGCAAUCCUUAUGGAGCUGUGGACAAAUUUUAGAAAUUCAUCACACAGAAUAUAAAUUUUUCUCCCCCCUGCUUGUGAUGUUGACAUGUAGUUACUGUACGUCUGGUUUGUGCUCAAGUCCUCUUUUUUUCUGUACAGCUCCAUUUUUAAAAGUUAUUAGGGAGUUCAUGUUUUCUAUUAUUGACACUCUGCUUUGAUUCAUAUAAUGAAGGUGGAACCAAGUUUUAUAUACAGUAGUAUAUACAGUCUAUGAUCCAGUGUCUUUACAAUCCAAGUGCAAACAUAUUAUAUCCAUGAAGCAUACAAAAUAUACAAAUAUACAAAAGUCUCCAGUUCUUAUUAAAUUUUUCUGUAAACGUAAGAACUGGACUGUGGGUAAACCUGGCACACCUUUAUUGUUGUCAUUGGCACGCACAAAAAAACGGCAUUGAAAAGAAAAAAAAAUAGUUUCAACAACUGUUUUGCAAAUUCAUGUCUAUGUAGAGCUGCUUCAGCAAUCACAGUCUUGCUCUGAAAAUCAGCAGAUGGUAAAACUGUGAGUUGAUAGUAGUGGUCUUUUAUGCUGGUUGCAGCAGCUGCUGGUGAGCUAGCUGUAGCAUCCCUUUGAGAGAUGAGUGAACACUUUUAAAAACUAACAUUUAAAGGUUUAUUGUGAAUUAAACAUUUGUACUUUCUAAUGCUUCUUGAAACUCUUUUCAUUCAGCGUUGUAACUGUUGAUCUACCAGAAGUAGCAGCCUUCAGAAUAAAAGCAUGGUUUUUUGAUGUUGAAAUAAAGCAGGACAGCCGUUUCAUGUCUUCUUCAGAGAAGUUUUCAUGGCAGGGCUGUUGAUGUGGAUGAGGCAUAAAUUUAAAUAUGAUUAGAAAUGAAUGUUGACAUGUAGGUUAAUAACAUUUAUUGGCCAAGUGUAUAAAGUAAUACAUUUCUCUUUCAUAUUAUAUGAUAGUAUUAAGUAUAGGGGUAUGGUGGUAUAGUAGUAGGUAUGUGUCUUAGCUUGGAAAUACACUUUAUGAUGUGCCCACAUUACAUGGCUCAUGAUAUGCUUUAUGUUUGGGGGGAAAACAGCACAAUAGAGUUUUAGAAAAUGUCCUGCAUGGAAAUCAAACCAUCAACCUUUCUGCUAAUCUGCAACUUCAUCAUUUUCAGGGUGGAGUACAUGGAGAAAAGCAAACAUCUGCAGGAGCAGCUGAACGAACUGAAGACAGAGAUCGAAAGUCUGAAGCUGAAAGAGAGAGAAACUCCUCUGGACAUCAUCCACAACCAGAACACUGAGCAGGGGACCAGCAAGCAGAGCAACUUCAAGAAGGUAACUGUAAACACUGCUGCUGGUACAGAGCUUCUUUGUGUUCUCAGAAAACACAUCAUUUAUGCACCAUUUCCUCCACUCAUGCCUCAAGCCUCUUCAGACAUUUGUAGUUACAUUAACACCUAAACAAAAUACCAAAUAUGACUAAUUCUUUGGUGGUGAAACAAAAAUCUGAUUGCUUUUAUCCCUUCAGGGGUCUCUACUCAUCCACAUGUAAUAAUUAACUGAUACGCAUCAAUAAACUGUCAGAAAGAGCCGGGGGUUUCAUCACAUCAAUACACAACCGCAAUCUGACCAACGACCUGAUACAUAACGCUACCUGCAGACUCUGACAGCCUUUGUUUACCUGUGUGAAAAAUAUUGUGUUUAAUACCCCCUCGGUUUUGGGUGUUUUCCUAUGAAAGUGGUUUGAUGGGUUUAUUCAGUUAUCCCUGUCAAAUUCAUUUAGUUCUUUCUAGUCCUCCAGAUGCCCAGGCUGCAAAUUCUGGAUGUCUGGCUCUACUGUCCCUCUAAAACAGCUCUCUAUGGUAUUACAGGUGUCCAGUCUUAGUCCCUCAGUGGUCAGAAACGUGAGUUUUUGGGUAUCUGUUAAUACUGUAGGCCGAGUUAGCAGAUGUCCUGAUAAAUGAGCACUGCAGCAAACUGAAGUGGUCUCACUGAUGUUGACUUUUGGACUGGGAAAAGUGUGCAUCCGUGCCAAUGGGCCAGUUAUAGCAUAGAGCUCUAGUCCCAUCCAGUUUACUUCAGCUCACAGACUUUGGGGUACUUACCCAAUUAGAAUUGGUAGCUCUGGAACAUCUGCUAUCCAGUUUCCACUGUAAAGAGGCAUGCAGUAAAAAAGCUAUUAUUGCAUAUUGUCGCUGUCCAGUGAAAAAAGUACCUUCACUUUCAGCGAUCUGGACUUUUUUUUAAUACAUGCAUGGUCCAUAAUCUUCUCUAACAACUCGUAGCUUUGGAUAUCCAAAUGACCAAUGGAAAGACAUUUUAUAACAUCAUCUUUUCAACAAGUAUCUCCAUUGAGUAACAGAAGUGUCAACAAAGAUCUUAUCUUCUGCCCCAGCCCUGCAUUACCAUGUCAGCAAACAGACUUUACACUGUGACAGACUCAUGACAGUUCAGAGUUAUGCUACACUAAUGUCCUCACAUCCACUGAUGCUGACCUAAAACUUGACAACCAAUGUGCUAUGUAGAAAUGUAGGAUAGCCUGCAAUCAAUAGUUUAUCAACAUAGUGGGACAUAAACAUGAUACUUAAAGCUGGUUAAUAACCGAACGUCAUUGGAGCGCAGUAUUAAAAAAACACACAUGUCCACUGUCAUUCACAAUGCAGACAUACAAGUCAGUUCAAGACAUCAAACUGGUCACUGAUGACUGUGUAAAUAUAGAUUUUGAUUUCGGGUCCUAAUUGUGUCUAAUGACAGUGUUUGGGGUUUAUUCUGUAAGGUAUGAAUAUGAAUAAAAUAGUUUUUUUAAUAUUCCUGGAAAAAAAAAAAAUUGUGGAGGUACAUUUUUUUUUGGACAGUGAUGAUAUGAAAAAAUAGGUAAAUAAACAUCUGUUGCACCUAUCACUUCUGCUGUAACGAAACAGCUGCAGCCCAGGCCUCACAAUACUCCCAUGAAGCAGCCUGUGUUUGCUCUGUGUGGGUAUGGAGGAAAUGGACAGAGAAAAACAAGUGAGUCAUAGGCCAGCUCAGUCUGUUAAAAUAAACCUACCUGACUGUCCACAGUCCACUCAGCAUGUCCUGACCUAAGCCCAUUAUAUUUUUAAAAAGAGAGGCAUACGCAGCUCUAUAAAUCCCUAUUACAUCUCAGCUACAUUCACAAGCUGUGGCUCUUCAACAGCUGUCCGGUUGGCUGCAGACACAUGAGGAGGUUUCGCUUUAAAAAGUCAUUCUGCAUUAUCUUUCUGUGAUAACUGCCUCUCUAAAAAUUGAUAGUCGUCCUGCGUACAAGCCCCCACGCUCCGCCAUCAUCUUAUUUAAGGUCGGCGUAUUGAUUCUGCGAGCAUCACUUAAUAGCACUUUGCCUCAGGUUCAUAUUUCAGCCUGGAGUAUCUGCUUUGAUGAAGCCUCCUGAGAGAAGAGCAGCAAUCAUUCAUUUUCUACCAUAACCUCUAAAAGCGAGCCGUGAUUAUAGUCUUAGGUGUGUGGGAAAAAUACCCCAAAGAUCAAGAGAGAUGGAAGUCUACAGUUUUGUAUGCGUCUUAUGUCCAGUCUUAGGGGAAGAAUAGCGAUUUCAUCAAAGAUCCCGGUUUGAAAUUAUGAAAAAUGGCAGCUGGAGGGGAAUCUCUAAAUUGAUUGGUCAGAGAAGAUAGAAAAGCUACAGAAAAAUAGAUUCUUUUUUCCUGCUGUCCUCUGAUGAACUGGCAGAUUAGACUCAUUCUGCUUCAUCUUCCCACUCCAGUAUCUUUCUUGUUUCAAUAAAAGUAAAAAAUGGGAAUUUGAGUCUAGUUGUUCACUCAUUGUGGAACAGAAAAAGCCCACCCCCCCUUCUGUUCUUGUCGCCUGCUGUAAAAACACUUGUUAACCAAGCGGUAAUUGAUUUUUGCUUGGUGAUUAGUCAUCUGGAUGGAUGGGGGCAGCCUCGGCAUGCUCAGAGUUAAAAGUGUUGGCUUAAUUGAACCAGAGGCGGUCGGCAUUCAUCUUGUUAGUAAGGGAAGGAGGUGAAAAGAGGAAGCAGAAGAUAGGGACUCAAAGACAGCUUUGCUAAAGAGGGAGAAGUUUAGGGGAGGCUGAGGCAGACAGAAAACUGCUCAAAGGAUGAGGAGUUAGAGGAAGGCUAAGGCAUCAGAAGUGCAAAGACUGUGCUGUGAAGCUGGCGACCAGAGAAGAGCAGGAUGAGAGGGAGGCUGAGGUAAAACGAGCUGGAACAAAAUGCAGAUUUCAGAGCCAGAAGUAUCAAGUCCCUCUGCACCCUUAGGCAAAGUUUUCUCCUUCCUGCCUCCUUCCUUUUCCCCCCUCUGAGUGAUUAAUGAAAGUCCCCCUAACACGGCCCAGUGCCUCCCUGCUUCUACCGGGUCACAGGUUCUGCUCUGUUAGCGCCAGGCCUGCCACGAAGGCUUGUUCUCAACAACUGCAUCAAAGCUUUCGAGCUGUUGUGAUUCUGUGUGAAGUUUCAUUUAAUGUGUCUUUUUUUUACCACACUUCGGUCCAGCAAGGCUGUGUAAAGUGGCACACACGAAAGGUCAACCAUCAGCAGAGGUGGCAAAAGUAUAUCAAGUCUUUGCUGGAGUGCGAGGACAGAAACGUGCAGAAAAAUACUUUUUACCGAGGACUAAAGGAGAUAAAGUAGAGGUCUCUAACGGCUGUUUCUCUGCAGAAAUAACUGAACCUCACAGUGAUAUUAAAUUAAGUUAACCAUUUGCAGGGAAAUGUAUGUGUAUUCUGGCAUUAUUCAGUAUUUACGGAGCUCAGAUCUUGCUGUAGGUGCCUGCACCUGAUGGGAUUCAGUGGGAUUAACCCUCAAGCUACAUUCAUCCAGUGGAAAUGGGUUAUCUAAAACAGCCUAAUGUGUGUUUCUUCUCUGAUUGGUGGUGUGAUUCUCAUAGAACAAUGCUGGUGUGCUCUGUAGCAGUCUGGGUUGCUGCGUGGGCUUCAUUUAAAGCCAGCUUCUGUGGUGUGUAGUGGGUUUGCAAAGUCAGUGGGUAACCUCUGUCUCCUAUGAAUCAACGAUCAGGCCUCUACCUAAAACAGCUGUAUAGAGCCUUUGGGUAACAUUAAAACAAAAAGCCACCAGCUGAAUGGGAGUUACCCACCCAAUAUGUGGUUUAUGAACUUCACAAGAGCUGGCUUUAAAUGAAGCCUAGCAACAACUCACCCCCAAAUUCCACCACAUGCAGAACAGCAGCGAAAAGGCCAUAUGUGCCGAUAGCCUCUGAUCGUUUCCCUUCGAGUUAGGGGGCUCUAUUUUCGUGUCCGCCGGCGAGGCAGAGGGUGGCAGACCCCGCGCAGUGGUAUUUUCGUCUGGCGGGGUCCAGCGUACAGCCAGUUUGGUAUUUUUGUAGACUGAGGCGCACAGAGGUCCGCCUGGGAGGAGCUGAGUUAGGGAGUAGGGAUACUUACGCCAGGCUGCACCGCUCACCAAAAUACCAAAUUGGGCUUGGGAACGCCUUGUCGGCGCAGCGGACCUGACUUGCGCCACGUCUCCGGCGAUGCACGAAAAUAGAGCCUAAUGUGUCAAAUUCCACAGGCUUCUUUCUUGCCCCCUGCAGUUCACCGGGCUUCAUAGCCUAUCGCCAGGGUUCUAUUUUCCGGACGCUGCAACAUACUGUGUAAAUUCAGCACAGAUUAGCCCGUGCUGGAAAGGAAGUUGGGCACAGACACAAAAUGAAGCAUCCAGCUUCUUUUCAAAAUAAAACUAUAAAAAUAAAACACCAUGCAAACGUGGGUGGGGACAAACAAGUCAAAGAUUUUCAGAUGUCAUUUCACCUCAUUUCAUCCUAAUCACAUAAACAAGGCCACAGUCAUUUCACACUUGCGCAUUGGGGGGCUGACAAGAAUUUGCCAAACCAGUUUGGUUUGCUCCUCUGGAAGGACAAUAUUUACUGCUUAUAUGGUUAUGUGUCUUUAUGAGAGACAACUCUUUAUCUCAUGAUUGCAUGUGAAUUUGUGGGUUCUUGUGAGUCCUUGCAGUUCCCGCUGUCCCUGCUGCCCGAAAUUCACCACGAAAUUCACCUCACAAACACAUUCGGUAGGAUUUGGUGGAUGGCAAAAAUCGCCACUGUUCCGCAGCGGUGUCGUUCCUCAUGUGGUGGAAUUUGGGGAUCAGAUUGUUACAGGCGUGUUACACCUCUAGUUAGAGAGUCAAAUAAAUCCUUUCCUCUUACUCAAACUUCACCCAAAACAAUUUAAAUCUUGGCAUCUGAGUCUCUUUCUGUGCACUUUGCUCUCCAGUCUAUAGGAAGUACAUAUCCACACUUCCUUAUAUGGUCAUCUUGAGUGGGGAUUCAUGCAGAUUGCUGGCUGGCAGGAGUUCAUCGUCAAUUUAUGAUAGAUUGGUAUUUAUGAACACACGCACAUGUGCCUAUGAUCGAAUCCAUGUUUUUUCGCUGCAUUUAUGAAUCCACUCACUGUAAGUUUCUUGUUCCUGGGACUAUUAUGUGCAAAUUUACACACAGAUUUACUUGGAUUUCAUAAAAGAGACCCAACUUUUUAGCAUGUAUCCUGCUCAAAUGACUGAAACUGCAUCUUAGCUCAAUUAUACUGGUUUAGAAAGACACUAAAACACUAAGGGUAAUUGCGGAGUCCCUGACCCAGGAUUUAAAGCUGUUCUCGAUGGUCGAUAGUGCAGAUUUCGUCACCUCAUGAAGACGCUAUAUCCGUAAAAAGUGCAUAGCAUGAUUUUGUCUGUUGUAAGCAUGUUUAAUAAUCUUUCAAACUGUCUCUUUUUCAGAUAUUUUUGUCAUAUACCAUCACUGUGAGUCAUUUCAGUAGAAAAUGCAAACUAAGGCAGAAAAUGGCCUUAUCAGAGACAAGUGUUUGAAUAUACAGAGACUGGAAAUACCAGGGAGUUAUUUUUGCUUUAGCAGGUUAUAUAAGUGUUUAAUUUAGUCUGUUUCACGGCCAGUUAAAUAACUCUCACUAUACAUGUCAGCAAAGUAUAGGACUGAGAUUCUGGUUUCUGUCCCAACUCUGACCAUCAGACGUCAUUCUUGUUGGGCUCUCCUGCUUAUCAAAAACAACACAGAAACACAUUUUACUUGAUAACUGGAACAUUGAAGUAAGAGUUUGCCAGCAGGGUGGAGCGCACACACACGCACGCACACCCACAGGUGUAGCUCAAUUCUGUCAGCAGGGACAGUGGAAGGUGAUCUGCAAACAUCACGCUGCAAAUCCACCCCCCUCCCGCACAUUAUCUACUCAGAUUUGCUUAAUUCUCUACAUCUCUGAAUUCAAAAACAACCUUCAUGUCCCCAAACUGUCCUCCCUCAUCCCCUGUCUAAUAUUUACUUUGGCAGCCUGUUUUAAUUCCCUUUACCCUACACAUGUUGAAGGGAGGGAAAAGUUUGAGCUCACUUAUUCAAGUUCUUGAUGAGCUGAUUGUAAACUGCUCUGAAGGGGAUAAAGCACAGCCAGUGGUCUGGAUUAAUCCAUCCCCGGCUCGUUUAAACCUGGGGAGAAAAACAAUUAACCGAGCUUUCUGUGACUGGCAUCGAUCCUCUGCUCGUCCCACUCUCCCUGCUUGUUUGAUUGUCUCUGCAGUGAAUCAGGGUUUGGAAACCACGCCAUUUUCCUUGUCCUUUAGGGGCCAGCUGUAAACUCCAAUCCAGUCUGACUCUCUUUUAGCCGUAACUGUAUCAAAAACACGGCAGGCCUUCACAAACCUUAACGGACUCAUGACAAACAGAAUUAUAACUUUGAGGUGUGUGUUUACUUACACAUAUGAGUGUACAGACCAUCCAAUUAUCCGCUCUUUGUGAUCAUUCAGUCAGGAGAAAAAGACAAAACAGGCGUUUUUCUGCACCCUUAUAUUCAGGAUGGGAACCUUGUGUAUCAUCAUCCCGUAUUACCAUGGUCUUCCAGGUCAUGAGCUGCAUGAAACAUGAUAAUCUGAGUAAUUGUGGAUAUUUAACAGCUCCUUUAUCAAUAAGUAUCUAAUCAGGAGAGAAAAUGGGCCUUAUUCAAAGUUGAGAAACAGCUAACAGCCUAUUUUGAGGAUAGUAAAAUGACUGAAAUUCAUAUUGAUGACUUUUUAUGAUACCCAAAAGCAAAUAAGACCAUCAGCGACAAGGUUGAUCAUUUCUAUACUCUAUAAUUAAUUCCUGAGACUCAGGCUGAAACAAUUCCUCGAGUUCCUCGAUUACAAAAAAUUGAAUUUUCUCUGCCUCGGGUACUCGUUUAUUAACUCAAAUCAUCACUGUUUCACAUGGUUUAUUUUCAAGGUGGCACAAUGUGUCACCAUGGUAGAAGGAGGAGUAAGCGUGGUUUUGGCUUUGCAGAGCGGAAAAUAUUAAUGAUGAGAGGGGCUUUUCUUCUGCAGAGCUCCAGACAGCACUGCUCUGCACACUCCUCUUCAUGCUAGCAUGCAGCCUGACAUUGCCAGUGUGGUAGAAGAAGCAGGUAACAAAGGAGCUAUUCAGCUCUCAGACACUUAUGUCUUUAGGGGCAUGAUAAAAGUUAAUAUAAUAAUUAGCUUUCUUACGAGCAUUACAGUCCACUAACGCAUACACUUGUUCUGCCAUCGUCUUCUCUAUUUCUCCGAGUCUGGCCUUCAUAGUGGGGCUCCGGGGUUGGAGCUUGGAUUUGUGAUGUAGGAAAUCUCACUGUGUCUGAGCCUGUCGUUUGGGUCCGAUUACCCGAGUAAUUAAUGGAAUAUUCGGUAGAAUACUGGAUUACUAAAAUAAUCAAUAGUUGCAGCCCUACCUGAGACCAUUAAAGUUUACUUUAAAUAUGUUAUAAUGCACUUUAAGAUUCUCCCACCCUUAGUGUGAUGUUACAGGAAUAAUGUACCGUGUGGGAAUAAUGUCCAUUCAACCACAGUAAUACAAUCACAACAAGCAUCAACCUAGAGAUGUGUAGAUGGAGACACCCCCACUCCUCAAUGUUAGUUGUGUCUGUUGUGCCAUGGCAGACAUUGACAGAGACAGGGGCUGACUACAAAGUCAGGAAACUGUGGACACAUUAUGGUGGCAGUAGUUCAGGAAGUUUCAGCAUCAGACAGCCCGUGUUUGUGUAAACAGUGUCGGAGAGACACUGACUUUUGGCCUUUAACUGUUUAAUCCUGUGUUUUUACUGGUUUCAAUUACCUGGUCCAUUAGUUUUGAAGAGAAGAAGACGGCUGCUCUAAUUUAGCUUUUAGUUAAAGUCUCUCUGGUACAAUUUCUGUCUUAAUCAGGAUUCUUAUCAAGCUGGCAGCUGAAAGCUACACGCCUUCAUUAAGGUACUGAUCAAUAUUUAAAAAGUCUCACCCUAGGGUAAGAAAGGUAAAAAUUAGAGAGCACAGAGGGUAUAAAUAUUAAUAUCAAUAGUCUUUUUCAAUUAGAUGAAAUUGUGUUAUUGUUAAGUCUCUGUCUUCACACUUUCUCCAUCUGAGCCUUUCCCACUCAAAACAAGUUAUAAAACCACUGAGGGAUAAAAACAAGAGCAUGAUUUCAUGAAAAACUCCAUGAAUUUGGGAAGAUUUGAUUUGAGCAGCUCUCUCUGUGGCUAGGAAGACCAGCCAAGGGUGCUGGUGGUUUCACACAUACGCGCCUGAAAUGAAUUUUAAACUCACAUCCUCACACCCACGGCGCUGUGCUGGUGUGUCAGUCAGAUAUGAAGGAUCUCAGGAGGUUGGGUUGGAAAUGCACAGACAGAUUGGAUGUGGCAGGAAGGCUGAGGGCAAGGGCAGAGGGAUGAUUUCAGGGAUAUUUGUCUGCUACAGUGUGUCCUGUACCUGUUUACUUCCACCUCAGAUAUGAAAAAGCUUAUCAGGUGUGUUGCCAUCUCCUCCACAGCUAACACUACAGAGCACCAAGUCCAGAGUGGCCUUCUUUGAAGAGCUCUAAACUGCACACAGCUGCCUACAAACCCCGUGGUUCUACAUUCCUGCUGAGUUUUUAACACUACAAGGCCUUAUUCUUCACCACCAAACACUAAGGACAAAAAUACGACCACUGCCUGGAUCUGAACCAACUUUAAAAGCCUCCUGGGAAUGCACAAAGAGGUAUGCAUGCAUAAUUCUCCUGCACUGUUAGGAGUCAUGAAAAUAGUGUGUGUGUUUACAGCGAGAGUGAAAUGCGGAAUACUCUCCUUGGAUAUUCUGAAGUGAACUUGGGUGUGUUUUUUUAAAUUUGAGUCAAGGAAUAAAGGUCGACAAAGCCGAGAGACAAAAACAAGGUGGCUCCUAUUGAAACUGCACUGGUGGAUUCAAAAUAACUUUUAUCAAGGAUGACUUAUAUAAUGUGACUGCGUAUGUGUUUCUCAUUCAAAUGUAAAUAAACUGCGGAAGGAUAAAUUUUAGAAAUAUAUUAUUGUGAAGCAGUAAAAUACUGUUUGGUUAUCGGCUGCCUUUAACUGUUUCACUCACCCUUUGAUCAAAAUGUGAACAAAUUCCUCCGCUUUCUUGGAUUUAUGACUUGAUGCUGCCUUGGUUUUCUUGUUUUUCAUGGUAAAGUUUGUCAAAAAUAUUGCUCAAGCAGCAAAAAAAUGAAUAUUCCUACACCUUUAAGGUGCAGUGUGUUGUUUUUGCAGCAUUUAGCAGAACAAAGAUGGUACAAAUGGAAUACAAGCAUUUCUAAAUUAGCAUAUGUCCACCCAAAAGAAAAAAAAAGAAAAAAACUGUUUUGUUGUUUUAAAAUAAGCCUGAUGUAUCACACAGUGGACUAACUUCCAAAAGGAUUUGUAUUGGUGGUUUUGGUGGUAAAAUCUGGACAAAUGGAGGAUCUCACUUAUCAUUCAUCACAGGAGCUACUUGUCCAUGAAGGCCACCAUACCUCCAUAGAUGGUAGGGGUGAGCAAGGGAGCUCUUUCGUCUUGAUCUAGAUUCUUAUUUCUUCACACUGUACCCUUAAUGCUAAUUAGGGAUGGUAAUCAAGAACUGGUUGCAGAUGAGAACUGGUUCCUACCAGUUGAAGCCAUCAGCAAUGUUUUACUUUUAUGAUCAACAGUUCCCUUAUCAGCGCCCUAGCUGACUACAUACAUAAGAAGCAGUCACCAAGGAGACAAGGAAGUAAUCAUGACAGACAGGAGACAGAAACAGCUCAAAAGUCUGGAUUAAUUUUGAACAAGCAAGCGUGGAAACACCUGCAGCACGCUGAACCUGUUAAUUAGCGAUGUGCAGCUUAAUGCUGCUCAAAAGCAUUAAGGCAUUCUGUGAACGUGACGAGUAUACUGUGACACAAAAUGCUAAACUAGGAUGCAUUCAGGAGGAUUACAACAGCUGCUGUUGCCAUGACAAGGACAAACACAUUUGCAAGUUGACACAGUCACUCUGUCGGUUGGGACACUGGUCAAUGAGAGUUUCAGGAUAAUCACGCCAAUUUUGGGCCUGACCCCCAUCAAAUGGUUAAGGAGAUAAUGUUGCCAGGUUAUCUGUUGGUGUUAAGUGUUUAAAGAACAAUUCUCUUACCUCUGAUUUGCAUAGAAGAUGAUCAAAGCCUACCAAACUUAAAAUCAAAAAUGCUUGAUAUGGUCAGCACCCUCGAGGACAGCCAGGAACAACUUGAUAGCCAAUUGGAAAGAGCUGUCUUUACAAGGUAACACAACAAAUGCAACCAUGGCAAUGGCAGUAUGAAUAGUUUGGCCUAAAAUCAGGUUUGAACAUGAAAGUUAUGAGAGUCAGGUCUCUGGCUGCACAAAUCAUUUUCACAUUUUGAAAAACACUUGGUGUGCACCAGGCUUAAGCAGACACAGAAAACCUCUGGGGUUUCCACAGGACUUGAUAAGGGAACCAAGAAAGCAGAGCUGAUAAUGUCACUGGUGUCAAUUCCCAUCCCUAGUGCUAGUCAUUGGAGUAGAGGUCUGUGGAGAAUAUGAAGCUCGACCCAUUACUGUGACUUAUGACGAUUUAUCUGUGUUGAUAACAUCAUGUAAAUUUCCAUCAUCUCACUGUUUCUGUCCACUUUUGUGCCUUUCACAAUGCAUGUCGACAAAUUGUUGCACACAAGGCCUCAGGUCCUGCGUUUACAUCUUGUUACACAGUGAGGUCAUGUGACAUAUCUUUGGCUGCUUGAACACUUGAUUUGGAGCACCCUUAAGCAAGGCGUUGGGCGCACUAUGCUGGAGAGACAGCCGUUUGUUCUGGAUGGUUCUUGAAGUUCAAACUGGAUGAAGGAGCUGUGAUUCUAAAAUGUGAAGACAACCAAUUUUUAGGACAUGAAUUAGCAUCUAUUUUGAAUUAAUGUGUCUUUUUAAAUUUAUGUGUUCUUUUCCCUCUGAAAGCAAUUUAUUUUUGGGGAUAGUAAUAAAAGAAAAUGUGUAUUUUUUUUUCCUGUCUGCAUUGAAUAUGAAUAGAAAGCCGUAUUUAAAGUGACACUUAGGGUGAAGAUACUGUGCGGAUAUUUCUAGAUUUUUACAGAGACUUUGUUACAGAUUUGUACCUUUUUCAUGUAAAUAAAGGAAGUUCAGGUCUGGUAUUACUCUGCCUUUGAGUUUUUUUUUUACAUCCAGAAAUAACUUUGUUAUUUUGGCAGACUUUGAUGAAUGUUGGCAACAGCAUCCUCUCCCACACGACCCAAACUGCCAUCCAAUUACACCUUUGAAAGAAUCAAGUGUUACAUAAGCACCCUCCAUCUUGUGUUAGAUCCCAUACUCUGUGUGCUUGAGUGACAAGGUUUUUGUGUGUGUGCGUGUGCUGCAUACCCUGUGUACUUGUUUUAGUGCCUGUGUGUGUGUUGUGUGCCUCCAGUUUAACCCUCUAAUGUGACAUCCGCCUUGUCCGCCGGGUUCAUUAGACUGACAGCUCUCUGACAGAGUGAGUGGCAUGGAGGUCAGGGGGGCCUCUCCACAGCUCUUUCACCUCUGGGCUCAGUUGGAGAAUGGCCACCCUUGGCUUGUCAGUGUUGUGACAGAGCGGCGUCUUCAGGAGGCAACUCUCCCUUGGGGGUAAAUCUCAGAGGUACCGGGUUGAGGGUCUGCAGGGGCACCAGGGAAACCAGCAGACACAUACUUUCAUUUAUAACUGCUUUCCCCUAAACGCAGUGAGAAGAAGCAGAGAUGGGAACAAUCACAUCUUUUGUCAUUUAUCUAUUCUCCGGGGAUCACAGUUGACGUCACACCUGCAAACAUACACAGUGGUGUACACACAAACACAAGCAUCUUACAGCAGAUUGGGAAAGGUUCUCGCUUUACUGCAGGGUGAGGGGAGAUGAUGGCGGCUGCACAGCACCUGCCAGCGGCUUGAAUGCAGAACGAGCUCACACAAUAAGAAGGAAAACCCUCUUCAUAAUCCAAAGCAAACUGCUGUUCACAGACUAAAUUCAAGCAUCAAAAGAAUGACACAGUAACAGUUCAAAUAGCUUACCACAGUUGUCAAAAAAAUGCCCUUAUUAUAUUUUUAUGUUUGUGGAGCCCUUAAAACAUAAAGUGACUUUGAAGUAAAAACACAGACUCUGUGUUUGGGGGGCUAGGGGAGUGAUCGACCUUCCCGUGGUACCUUUAUGUCAAGAAAGGGCUGUUUGAGUACCCUCUUGAAUGCUUUUGUAGAAGGAAACCGUUAGAAAAGCCCUCUCUGGAUGCCCUUGCACUAGAAAUCUCAACAGAUGCCCUACCAGUGUUUAAUAUAAAGCCAUAGUACACUCUAGAUGCCUGGACAGAGUACUUAAAUUUCAACAAAGUGCCCUUUGGUUACUUUACGAGGAUUAAAAAAAUAAAAGUCUCCUCAAGCUGCUCAACCAGUGUCAUAUGUAAACAGAGUGUUCCUUUGGAUGUUGUAAAGAAGAUAAAAUGCAAACAAAAUAACCCGUGGAUGCCCUUUCAUAAAAUAAAAAAGGUUAAAUGCCCUCUGGUUGCCCUAUAAUGUAAACAAAACACACUUUACAUGCUCUUUAUCAUGUAACUGUAAACAAAGUACCUACCUGUUGCUUUUUUAGUGAAUAAAAUGUAAACAAAAUAACACAUGGAUGCCCUGUCAUUAAAAAAAGAUGUUUAUAAAGUGCCUGUGGUUGCCCCUAUGGCUUGUAAAUGUAAGCAAAAGCACCCACCUGUUGCCUUUUUAGUGAAUAAAAUGUAAACAAAAUAACAAAUGGAUACCCUUUCAUUAAAGAAAAAAAAAGCAAAUAGAGUGAUCAAAGUACCCACUGCUAUCUUUGUCAGUGGGUAAAAUGUAAACAAAGUGCUCCUUACAUGCCUCAAUGUAAACAAAGUGCCUUGUGGAUGUCCUUCAAAGUGAUCCCCGUUUGCUCUUUCAGUGGCAAAUAUGUUUUAAUGUGCCCUUUGAUUGCUUUUAGAGAAUCAAAUGUAAACAGAGUGCCUUCUAUAUCCCUUUCAGUGGAACCAAGAAAAUAUUGGUAGAUUUUUGUUUUGAGCAAAAAGUUUGAAAUCAAGACUUUAAACGCUAUAGAUGUCAAAUAUGGACAAUUCUGUUAGCUUUGCUUCAUUAUGAACUUUCCAACUACACCAGAAAGCCUCCACUUAGCUUCUGCUAUUUUCUUCAGCCUUGGCACAACUAACUGUAAGUAAAUACAUUGGUCAUGCUCUUACCCCAACUUUCCAAACCAACCUUUCCAUCCCUUGCACCCUCUUAUUGGGUGAACAUCUGCAUCGUCUGCUUUGACAUUGCAAGCUCCAAACGCUAAACCAUCCACUGUGCUCUAUCUGCACAGGCAAUGGUGGAUUUCCAGUGGGUUUAUCAACUGCUUCCUCAAAUCUACCCCCAUGUGCUAAUCUCUUCCCACCCAUACUUGUCUUCAAAUAUGCCAGCUCAGAGAUCCUUUGGUGCCUUUUCUUUACAACACAAAUAUAUUCACAUCAGAUGAUUGAUGAGUCACUGGAGCUCUCAGUUUUUGCCUUAAGAUGAUUUAGUCAGCUGGUUUAUCAUGCUGAGACAAACUAUGGUCCUGAAUAUAUUGUGAAAAUAGACUUUAAAUAUCUUUAUCACAAAACACCUUUAUCUGCUGCUUUUUUUAGAUAUCCUUCCUGCUCAGGUUCACUUUACAUAUUACGGUUUGUACUCUCAUAAGCAGAGUCCCAAUUCAGAGUCUGAAGGACACAUUUCAUCACAAUGAUACAAGGCUGUUUCAAUAUGAUGGUUGCUUACCAAAGGAGUGUGUCCGUCUUUUGCCAAGCCCCAAAUUUCCUGUGAUUCAUUGUGCACAAGUUGAAAAGAAAGAUUCUCAUGCAGCCAAGGAAUAUUUCAGCUAACUUAAGUGCAACAGCAAGGGUGGGAACAGCUGUGCAAUCACAAAAUCCUCCAUGGAGCCCAUUUUUUUGUGUCAGUUCAGCUGUGGUGGUGUAAGCAGUCGACAAAAUGCAUCUCCUUUGUAGUUGGUGGCCUUCGGAGGAUGCAGUCCCUAACUUGGGACAUGAAAAUUUUGACCUUCAUCCUUCUUGUCCCCACCCAGCUGAGAUUUCCCCUUCAUUUUGAGUGUGUUUGCUCCGAAUAGGUUGCUUUUUUAGCAUCUUUCUGUCCUUUUUUAUAUUUUCCUCACAUCCUCCAAACCAGUGCUGUGAAAUAUCCUGGUGCCAGAACUCCCCUUGUUCCCUAAUACUCUAUCAAAAGGUACCAGUAAGUCAGUGGUAUAGCCUCCCAGAUUUGGGCAGACCUGUGCCUUUCUAGCACCAGCACAACGAUGUAAGCAUCUUUCCUUCUUCUUCCUGAUGUUUUCAUAUAUAGAGAUGCAUCUCAAUAAAUUAGAAUAUUGUGGAAAAGUUCAUUAUUUCAACAGUUCAAUUCAAAAAGUGAAACUAAUUCCUGAUAUAAGAAUAAGAAUAACUUUAUCGAUCCCCGAAGGCAAUAUUCUAUGGAUAAAGUUAUUCUGUUUAAUUGCAAUAAUUACAGCUUAUAUUUAAUGAAAACCCAAAUUCAGUAUCUCAAAAAAUAAGAAUAUUCCAUCAGACCAAUUGAAAAAAUGAUUGUUACUCAGAAUUGUUGAUCUUGUGGAAAAUAUGUCCACUUAUAUGUACUCAGUACUUGGUUGGGGCUCCUUUUGCCUGAAUUACUGCCUUAAUUUGGUGUGGCAUGGAGGCAAUCAGCCUGUGGCACUGCUGCUGUGUAAUGGAAGCCCAGGCUGCAUUGAAAGCGGCCCUCAGCUCACCUGCAUUCUUAGGUCUAAUGUGGCUCAUCUUCUCUUGACAAUAUCCAAUAGAUUCUCUAUGGGGUUGAGGUCUGGCGAGUUUGCUGGCCAGUCAAGCACAGUAACCUUAUGGUCAUUAAACAAGCUUUUGGUGCUUCUUCAUAAAGCUUUUCAGCGGAGGAAAGCGUGAAUCGCUCUAAAAUCUGGUAAACAACUGCGUUGAAUUUAGAUUUUAGAAAACACAUUGGACCAACACCAGUAGAUGACAUUGCACCCCAAAUCACCACUGACUGUGCAAGCUUUACACUGGACUUCAAGCAACUUGUAUUCUGUGCCUCGCCACUCUUCCUCCAGACUCUGGGUCCUUGGUUUCCAAAUGUAAUGCAAAACUUGCUUUCAUCUGAAAAGAGGACUUUUGACCAAUGGGCAGUAGUCCAGUUCUUUCUCUCCUUAGCCCAGGUAAGACGCCUCUGACGUCAUCUCUCGUUCAGGAAUGGCUUGACAAGAGGAACAGUUGAACAACAUGCAACAGUUGAAGUCUAAUUCUUUGACUUGUCUCUGUGUGGUGGCUCUUGAUGCCCUGACUCCAGCCUCAGUCCACCGUUUGUGAAGUUCACACAAGUUCUUGGAUCAAUUUUGCUUGACAGACUUAUCAAAGCUGCGAUUAUCCCUGUUGUUUAUGCAUCUCUUCCUACCACACUUUUUCCUUCCAUCCAACUUUCUGUUAAUAUGCUUGGAUACAGCACUCUGUGAACAGCUGGCCUCUUUUGCAAUGAACUUAUGUGGCUUACUCUCCUUGUAAAGGGUGUCGAUGAUUGUCCUCUGGACAACUGAAAAAAAAAAAAAUAGAUGUUGCUUUCAUGGAAAUGCACCAUUUUACUCCAUUUACCUUUAGAUAUACAUUGAUGUUAACAGACCAUUUCUAAAUACAUGUCAGCAGAAGAUAAUAAGGGCUUAGUUUUAGGGUUGUAAACAUUUGCAAGAGUCACAAAUUCAGUGCAAAAGCAAAAAAAAAAAUCACAGUUGGAUUAUUCACCUCAACUUUUUGGCUUUUGAGAGUCUGCAUAUAAAAAUCCUAAUAAAUCUCAACUGCGUUCAAACUACCGCAAAAAUGGCUAGAAAGAAGCAACUGAGUAAAGAAAAAAAGUACAGAUUUGUACACUGAGGAAAGAAGGAUACAUAGAAAGAGAAAUUGCAAAACACCUAAAGGUGUUUAACAAAGGAGUCCACUACACUCUGAAGAGACUAGAGGAACCUGGAAGUUAUGAUGAUAGAAAAAGACCUGGACGAAAGAGAGUUACUACAAAAGCAGAGGAUAAACAUAGCAUUGUCACCAGUAAGAGAGAUCAGCAAAAGACAGCACCAAAAAUAAGGGAGGAAAUCAACAUGACAAGGUCGAAACCCAUAUCUCUUACAACCAUGAAAUGACGUUAGAGAAAGGCUGGUCUGAAGGGUUGUGUAUCUGCAAAAAACACUACUUCAUCCACAGAACAAGAAAAAGAGAUACGAGUGGGCAAAAGCUCACAAAAAUUGGACUUAUGAUGACUAGAAACAAGUUUGCACUGUUUGGUUCAAAACGCAGAGUCUAUGUCUGCAGACAAACUGGUGAAUGUCUGAAAGCACCAUGUGUUACACCCACAAUUCAGCAUGGAGGUGGUCGUUCCAUGGUAUGGGGAUGUUUUGCAGGUGAUGGAGUAGAAGAUUUGUUUGAAGUAAAGGGUAUCAUGAAGAAGGAACAGUACCACUCCAUCCUCCAGCACCAUGCUGUUCCAUCUGGACUCAGACUUGUGGCUCAUAAGUUUGUUUUGCAGCAAGACAAUGACCUUAAGCACUCUGCCAAGCUCUGUCAGGGUUACCUAGACAAAAAAGAAGAGGAAGCUGUUCUUCAAAAGAUGGUUUGGCCCCCUCAGUCUCCAGACCUUUCUCCAGUUGAGCUUGUACAGGAUGAAUUGGAUCGAUCGGUCAGAAAAAUGCAUCCCACGAAUCAGGAGUCUCUUUUUAAUGAACUUAAGAAAGCUUGGAAUGCAGUCCCUAGAACAUACCUUGAAAAACUAAAGCCAGUUGUUAAAGCCAGAGGAGGUUAGUUUAAAAAAAGCAAAGUCUAAGCAACAAUAACUCAAACAUCUAAUAAUUAUAGUCAAAAUGUCUUCUAAUACGUUACUCUUUACACAAUAGUCAUGUUUAUUGUGUUGCAAAUUAUAUAUAUGAAACUAUGAUCUUUUUUUGUACAAAUCUGAUCUUGCUUCCAAACCUUUGGCCUGUAGUGUACACACACACACACACACAUAUAUGUAUAUAUAUACAUAUACAUAUAUUCAGAAUAGACUAAUAAUUAAAAAUAUACAUACUAGAACUUGGUAUUUAUUUUUUUUUUUUCAGUUGGGAGCACAUUACAAUCACUGAAAGCCUAUUUGACUACCAAUAUGUCACACAGACAAACAACCAAAGAGCAUUAUUUUGCUGAACUGGACCUGUUCAUCACCAAAUACCUGCUGAAUGCAUGUAUAUUCUGCAUGUAUAAACACGCCCUCUUAGGUAACAAGUGCAGCCCUGUUAGUUGCCUUUUUUCUCCAACCACUCACUUUGAUCUCUGAAUGACCAUGUCAUUCAUCACAAAGGGCUGAGGUAAAACUGUACAACCAUGAUAUAGUGAACUCUGCUUUGUGAGUCAUCUCUGAGUACAGAGAAAAAAAAUGGAUUCAUCUGGACUCUUUGAAUCGAAACCAUGCUACAGUAUUUGAAGUGCAGUACAGCCAAAGGCAUUUAAGUCUAAAAAUACUGUAUGGAGAUUUCAGCUCUCCUGCCUCGCUGACAGAAUAUGGCGAAUGUCAUACUUGUACUUUCCAGGUUUCUUUAAAAAGACACAAGUGCUGGAUUGUCAAUUACUGGUGCUCUCCCCCAAGCGCCUUCACAGAGGGGAAACCAAGCAGGUAAAACUGUGACAUGUACAGAUUUCAUUCAUGAUAUAUUCUGCAGCUGUACGCCCUCGUGAGUGUACACAUGAGUAGGAUUCUCACUUAUCCUUCUAAAAAGGUGGGUUUUGUUGAUCACACAAGCUCAUAAGAGUUUGAAAUGUGACCACGAAGGCAGCUUUUCAUAACAUCUGUGAAACAUACACAGCACCUGUGUGCUCUAUAUGUAAUAAACAGAUUAAUUGGCAUGUUAUGCGUAACUCGUCCUCCCAUGAGGACUCUUCUAUCAUGAAACACAUGCUCAAAGGUGUCUAAUCUCCCCACUUGUCUUGAUAUGUGGGGGUGAGGUGCAGCAGCCUGCCUGCCUGCCUGCUCUGUUGGGAAUUCAUUCCCCUGACACUCAGUACGAAUCUUCAUGACAUUUCUCCUUUCUCCUUCUCUUCAUGCUUGCAUUUAUUUCUUACCUUGCACAUGUGCUGGCAUGAUUAAAUUUUUCUGUCCCUGUAGACCCGCAGUGAAAGAAAGAAGGUGUGAAGGAUUUGAAAACUUGGAAGCUUUGCUGUGUUGCAUCGGUUGCCGGCAUACAAGCGUUUCACUCAAAUUUGUGCACCCACACUCUUGACAGACACAAAAUCACGAAAUCCCUCUCACUCCUUCAAGCCAAAUUAGUAUCUUCUUUCAUUCCAGAAUGCAGAUGUCUCCGAGUGAAAUACCUGUGGAAAAUCGCCAUGAUUGGGUUCAUUAUCUCGCCUGCAGUUAGCAGAGACAGAAAUGAGUUUGGUAUUUUAGCCAGGGAAAAAAAAAAAUCUGUUUGUCAGACUCCAGAAAUGGGCUGCUGCCUGCCUGUUUCAGUACCAUCUUUUACAGCUUGAUGAGGGGCUAUGAAUAAAUUUUCAGACGACCCUGUCCCCGAGAUAAUGAUGAGCUCUGUUUUUAAUUGUCUCACUCCAUUAUAAAUUACAUUAUGAAUAUCUACGAGUGAGUCUCACGGGGAUGUGGAUCUAUCCUCAGAAAUAUCCGCUCACUCUCUGCUCGUCUGCAUCAUUUAUUUCCUCUUUGACCAGCUCUGCUUCUGUUUUCUCUGCCUUUGGGGACCAGCAGGAGUCAUUGGUCAUCAUCGCCCCUGGUAUCUUUCUGCCCCUGCCCCAAUUGGA